AUGGACCAGAAAUGUGACGGCGGCGGUGGUGUCGCUGCUGCUGCUGUCGGCGGCGGCGGCGGCGUCGGCGGUGGCCUGGUGUCGUACAACCGCGGCCGCGGCGGCACCGAAGUCAUCAUCAAACCCCGUAGCCCCGCGGUAAUGGUGUCCGCCGGCGUCGGUUACCACGGCAUGCCGACCGUCUCGGACACCGCGGUCACCAUGCGCAGCCCCACCGGCGGCCAUUUGCCCGCGUCCCAACAGCAACAGGGCGCGCCGUCCCGCAACGGUUGUUCCACCCUGUUCAGCGACAUCGCCGGCGUCAAGCGCCUCAGCCACGACGACUGGCUGGCCGUCAACUCGCCGCCCGCCUCGUCGCCCGGCACGUCACACAUAUCCUACACCGUCAUAUCGAACGGCGGAGGCAGUGGCGGUUACAACACUUCGCCCAUGUCGACCAACAGCUACGACCCGUACAGCCCGGUUGGCGUCAAAAUCCGUUAGUAAAAACACUUUUUAUUUUCAAUUUUUUUUUUUUCUUACUUUCGCUUGUCGCCUGCAGCAUAUAUUUACCUAUUACUAUAUAAGCACAUCCUCACACUAUCCCCCGAACAGCGGAAUACGAAUUGUCCGAAACGGGACUCCGAUGGAUCCGGGGAGAGGGAACAGAAGUUACCUAUGUUUAGGUACGUGCGAAAUUUAAUUUCGGAACGGUUUAAAUUAGGCACGUUUUGGUUUUUUAUCAACGGUUCGAUCCGUUUUGGACGCGUGUAAGCGUUUUACACCGUAUUAGUUACCACUGGACGCGCACAAACCGAUACUCGACGCGGGUCUGGAAACCGACAAAAAUUAUCUACAGCCGCUCCGGAAUGGGAAAAAAGCGACAAAACAAAAUCAGCUUUCGACCGUUUUCAAUCCGCGGUAAUCGGUUUCGGAUAUCGAACGAAGUGCGGGCACAUUCCGCCCGUUCGUAAUUACACCGCCGGACACCGCGUUGUCGCUUGACGCGGUACACUCCGCGCGCGAUCUGUACACGGAGAUUCUAAUUUGCCGUGUUAUAAUCGUUAGGUUAUUAACGUGUGAAAUUAUCGCGUUUCGGCGAAUCCCCGUGUAUUGGAUAUUGUUCACGUGUGCUACACCGCGGCAAUAUGUUAUUGCCGCGUACACCGCGCGUUACGAUCGAUUACGGCGCGGCGAAUAACAACAUUUAAUACUCUAAUAAUAAUAACCAUACUAUAUACUAUUCAACUACAAUAUUAUCGGAACCGAAAUUCUGUAAACCUCCAAUUGAACCAACAGUCGACAAAAUAAUCAGCAGUACACUUUGUGCAGUUUUCAAACGGGUUCGCCCAUACUUGUCCGCGUUCUGUUUGACCAGACCUUAAAUAUUAUGUCCGUAAAUCGCCGCAAUAACAGGCGUGUUUCGCAGUUUUGCGCGGCCCGGUCGCCGGAUUGACAGCCGCGUUUACCGUUUUCGGUCGCUAAUCGCCUGCCGAUAAGGGCUAUCGUUCAAUCGUUCAAAUACUAUACGGUAAACAAAACGUUUCGGCGAGUGACCUAGGCAAACUGUUCAGGUACGGAAAAUCGCAUCGCCAACACACACGUAAUAUAUUCAGACGGGUACCCGUCCGGUAUUGUUGUUGUUUUGUGUUCUAUCCCCUCCCCCCCCCAAAAAAUAAGUUGCCCUUCGAUUUGCGCGUUACCGUUGAAAAAAACCGGGCGAGCGGAUUCGGGGCCGGGGCUAAGUUAAGGGUAUACUCGACUGGAAAACGGGUCCUCUCGUUUUUACGUGAAUUCGCGUACUGCAGUUAUAAUUGGAGAUGUGACGGAUUGAAAAUUGCAAAUAAUCGAACCGAACCAAAUACCCGAUAGUUCGGUUCGAAAAUCAUUCGAUGGAUAUUCUGCGCGGUCACCAAUACGAUGUUCUGUGGUGGGACAGAACGGCCUUGUCAAAAACAAGAUAAAUUCUAUUUUUUUUUUCAUUAGUGGGUCUCUUAAUCGUAAAUUGGUAAAGGUCGUGAAGGUUAAGCUAACCUUUUUACUUUUUUAAUUUUCGAAUAAUUCGCGUUCGGUGAAAUAUUUUAAAAGUUCGAUUCGAUCCGGUUCGGCAUUAAAAAUGAUAAUCUCUAGUUAUAAUACACAACGCACGUUCCGCGAACGUUUUACGCGUAUGCAUUCGUGACGACGACGACACGAUUGACACUUUAUGUCCGCGAUGCCCCUCCCCUUCGCCACCUAUUAAUCGCGUGUGCGAUGUUUCAAAAAGUGUAUAACGCACAGAUUCGUCCGCUCUUUAUACGCUCUCCCCUCCCGCGACACGAAAAAAAAACCAUUCGUUAGGAGCGAUAAUAUUAAUAACAUAAUACUUAUUGAACGUGUUAUAGACUCGCUGUUUUUUUUUUUUUUUUACUAUAACCGCGUCUAAAUAUUCGAGCCGCGAAAUAAAUACAAUUAGCGUUUGUGCGCGUCCGCAUGACCUAAUUAACAAAUCAAACACUCGAAACGUCUCGGCGGCCGUCGCCCGGUUUAUUAUUGUUACGCGUUUAUUUUUUUUUUGUUUUUUUUUUUUUUGUUCGCGUACACUAUUCUCUAGGGUAUAACGAGUGACGGUGAGGGGAUGGGAGGAGAAACCCGCGGGCAUAACACGUAUGCGUGUUUUUGAAUAGGAAAAAAACCUUCGUUUUAUAUAUAUGGUUUCGGUUUUUUUUUUUUUAUCUUUUCUUUUUUUCCAUCGAAACGUAUGUUAUUGGCGUUAAUGUGUUUUUUUUUUCACUACAAUUAGAAAAAAAAAACCAACAAGCUCGCCCGCGAUAUAUCGACAAUAACAAUAAUAAUAUUAUAUGUUAUUAUAUUUUACUCUAGGCGGGCUAUCGAGAAAACCUACUAAUAAUAAAUAAAAAAAACCCGAAUUUAUUACUAGUUGAAAUCGGCCACGCGAGUCCGCGUAUUAUUAAAUUUUUUUUUCUUUUUUACUGACACACACGCGUGCGCGCGCGGGCGCUUUCGUAUCUCCCCACUCUCUCUCCCGGAGUAGGUACGGCGGCGGCGUAAAAUAAUAAUUUAACGACCUUGGUACAAAAACCGCCGGGGAAUAUUAUUCACGUCGUCCGCGUUGCGUAAUAACAAUAUCGUAUACAGUACUAUUAUAAUGUACCGGCGGCGGCGAGGCGAGAGAAAUAAUAAUUAUUAUCUUUGAAUAGAAUGGAAAGACAGAAAAAAAAAAAAAAAAAUGAAAAAAUAUCGGAAAAAAAACGCUAAACGAUUAUCGCCGUAUGUAACAAUAUCAUUAUCGGUUUUAUUAUUUUCGGUACACAAUAACGGCCGGGGUCGUGUGCGAUGCGAUUUUCGACCGCGCGCGCUUUAUGAUUAUUCACGCGUGCGUUGCGCCGCGCGCGAAAUAUAGGCCAAUAAAACGCUCCGCGGGAUAGAUGGCCGGGCGCGCGCCGUCUUUAAUUGGGUUACGGGAAAUGUAUUCAAAGUUCGGCGGCGGCGGCUCUGUGUGCCAAGACGGUCGGAUUUUUUUUUUUUGCUAAUUAUUAAUAUUUUUUUUAUUUCGUUUUUUUUUUUUUUGUUUUCCACUCGCGCGUUACAAAACAGAACGCGCGCGCGACGAAACGGCGAACCGUGAGGGGGAGGGGGUGGGAGAGUGAGAAGGGGGGCAAAAAAAAAAAAAGGACAGUAUCGUGUUCUAUUAUAUUAUUAUUGUACGGGCCCGCGGGCGACGGCGGCGGCGGUGGGGAUUCGUAAUUUUGGGACAGACCUUGAGCGCGCGCACACACACACAACACGCACACACACACACGCACGCACGCACGCACGCGGCGCGCACAUAUCACUCGCGCGCUGAUACGAAAACAAAUAUGUAGGUCAUUGAGCCUCAGCGCGCGCGUCUGUGUGUAUCUCUCUUUCUUUCUCCGCCGCGCGCACGCCGGCCGCCGACGCCGCCGCGGCGCCCCUGCGCGGCUUCCGUGCCGCGGCGGCGCGGCUCACGGGGCCAACGGUAAAACCGCCGCCGCCGCCGCCGUCGUUGUCGCUUUUAUUUCCUCGGACCGACGAUAAACGGAACGAAAAAAAUACACGCGUACGCCGUGCGUAGUGUGUGCUCGCGGGCGUAACAACAAUGUUAACGUCGCGGCGAAGGACGAGGAGCGGGGAAAAAGGACCCACAUCCUACCCGCCGGCCACCUGUGCCCGCGCGGCGUCGGCGGCCCGAAUACCCGAAGAAAAAAAAUACCCCUAACGCGUACCAAACAAAAAUAAAAAAAAAAUAAUAAUAAUAACAAUAAUAAUAUAAUUCCGUCGAGGACGCGCAACAAUACAAAAAACACGAAAAAUAAUACGAAAACGGUACGCCCGGACGCGGGCGAUGACGGUGAAUCCAGAAAACGGGAGUAGCCCACAUUGCGUUUCUCGUUCUUUUAUAAUAUCAUACAUGUUUUCCGCCGCGCCGCGCACGCCGUUGUUAUUACACAUGUGGGUAUAUAUUAUUGUUAUUAUUGUUGUAUUGUACGCCUAUACGUGUAAUACCGUCUUCGUCAUCGUCGUCGGAUAACAACAAUAUAAAGCGUUUUGUACGUAAAAUACCUAACGGUACCCACUCUAUUUAUUUUUGGUUUUUAUUUAUUUGUUGUGUUGUUUUUUUUUUUUUCUAUCUUCCCCGUGCCCGCUCGCCGACGAACAAUAUCGCCCUUGGGCGGCUUAACCUUGGGCGGCCUCGGGGAUACGAGCCGCGGGAACCCGCGGUUGUGGGGGGGACGGGGUGGCGGAGGGGAGCGGGAGAGAAAGAACUCGCGGCCGCCGCCUUUCUCUUUAUUGUCGGCGUACCGCGCGUUUUCCAUACGGCGGACCGUCUGCUGCGACAACGCAAUUAUAUGGGUUACGAUAACGGAUUACGGAGCGGCGUGUAACAAUAUAAAUCAUUGCCAUCGCGUCUUAUCGGGUUAUUUUUUUUCUGUUAAUUAUUUAAUAACGCGACGACACCGUCUCGCGAAUGACUCAUAUCACAUUGUCGCGUUAUUGUUAUUAUUGUUAUUGUUACGAUUUUAUUACAAUGUCGUACGCGGUGUACGCGAGAAAUUGUGUUUCGAAAAACGACCGCCGAAACGCAACAAGCAGUCGUCGUGUCGCCGCAGCUUUUAAUAAUAUUAAUACAUUGUACGCGACUUACUUACCGCGUACGCGUGCCGUAAAACGGGUUCGGUGUGAUAUUGCAACGGGUUAUUUCGGUAAUUUGUGUUUCGCUGCGCCAAACGAAAAGUAAUGCAUCGCGGUGACGCGUUUUAACUCGCACCACGAGAAUACGCGUGCACGGUGAUACCGCGUGUGUGACGUGUUACAUCACCCCGGUGGUUGAUUUGUGCGGUUCGUAUAUCGGCCGAAAUAAUGGCCGACGGUGAUGAAUUGCCCGUUUCACGAGUGCGGCCGAACGACAGUAACGUUCAAAAUGAACGUUCGCAAUUGAUCGGUCGACCACCUAUACGCGUUUUUGUAGUUUUUGCGAGUAAAUUCAACGCGAUUUAAUUACAACUACGCUGUACGUGGUUCGGAUCGACAAAAGAAAUCGUUAACUAUUUAUUAUUAAAACGUGUUCGGCCGUGGUGUGUUUUUCGCAUCGACGCGAUUUCCGGGAAUACCGGCUGCGGACCGAAUUUUUCGAGUCCGCCGGCGAUUCCGCGAAUGGGAAAAAUUCGCGGGUCGUGUAACGCACUGGGCGCAGCCGCGUUUAAACCGAAAACAUUAUAAAUGUGGAAAAAACGCUGGACAUUUACCCCGUAGUCCGCGAGCCUUUCUCGCGCCGGGUCCGUAAUUAUUUACAGCCAGGUAUUCGUUUCCGUACCAGAAGCGGGGACCCGACCUUGCCGCCCGGCGGCGAAGGGUUAAAUCGCUUAAUCGAUACGCAAACGAACCGGCCGCCUCCCGCCGUGUAAACGCGAACGUCGCACACGCAUAUUUAUAUUGUAAUAUAGGUACCGAUUGAAACAACGGUCGUCGUCGUCGUUUCUUUCGCGAACAUAUUUAAUAUCCGUCCCGAAAGCGUCGUUUACACGUCCCCGUCAAUAACAUUACAAUUACGCGGUACCGUUUUACACGCGCGCCGACGUUGCGCAUGUUGCGCAAGUUUUCGCCGACGGUCCGCGGUUAACCGUUUUUUUGACGUGUCGAAUACGCGCGAAACGUUGACGCGAGCCACUUUUCCUUCUCUCUCCGUCAUCGUUUUUAUACGGAGACCGCGCGACGUCUGCGGCCGCGCCGCGGUACGAGACCCGUCGCUCGGUUCGUUUCAUAAUAAUUAGUUUUUCUUCCCGUCAGAAACCGCCGACGACGACGUACGUAACGUGUCGGCGAAUCGUAUUAUAUACGAAAAACACAGCGACGGUUCCCGCCCCGGAGUUAUUGUUCCGCGCGGUUAUAUACAUAUUUUUUUUUUUUUAAUCGAGCGCGUUUGAAAGUCAAUAAAAAACCUAUUCGUCUCUAACCAUAAUUGAACGUCGUCGGUCGGGUCCGCGGGACGCCGCCGCGUAUACGCAGAACUCGAAUGCGGGUUGAUAGAUUGUCGUCGGUUUUUUUUUUUUUUUUCCCGUUUCGUUCUCGAUAAACCGAAUACGGGUCGGUCCGUGUGUUGCGCGCGCCGCGUACACAACAAUAUCGUUAAUUGACGGGAUAACGAUGUGCCGCCGCGCGUGUACGCGCGCAUCGCGAUCGGCCGUCGAUUAUCGUUUUCCGCCGCCCGUUCAUAUUAUUUUCACCGUCCGAGCCGGACCCUCGAUUUCUUUUUCUGGGGGGAAGGGGGAGCAAAACCCGCCCGAGUGCGGGCAAAACCGAACGAAAAUCGGUAUCCGUACGUUUUACCGCGACGCACGGCGGUGUUGUUUUUUUUUUUUUGGGGGGGGGGGGGAAGAGAUGACUUUCUCCAUGACCCCCUCCUCUGGCCGCCGCCAAUAUAUCUCUGUGCAUUUCCCCGUCGCGAGAGCGGUCGUUGUAAUAAUAAUAUGCGGGUUACGUCCGUCCGGAGGGUCGCGCUCGCGAGUCAAGGACUUUCGAUCGAACGGUCAAACUGUAUACGCGUAUACGUAUAAUAGUAUGAUACACGUCGUGUACGUACGUACGCGCGCGUAUAAUUCUAUUCUUUAUAUUUAUAAUUAAAACGUAAUAAUCGUACGUGCGGUUAUGCCGGGCGAUAAGGUCGCCGGAAAAAAAAAAAACCAACGGCAAAGGGAAAACGGACGGGGAUUUUCUGAAUUCAAGGAAACGCGUCCGCGCGGUGAACGGACCGAGACGAAACGAGAAAGACGGUAAUCGGCCCAAGGUCGAACGAUUUCUUCGGGUCGAUGAUUUCAGGAAACGCGUGCUUUUAUUAAUAGCAGUAACAAUAUUAUUAUUAUUGUUGUUGGGAUUCGAUUAAUGGGCGUUUUACGUAACAGCCGUCGUUAUUAAUACAUACACCGUAUGUCGUUUACGCUGGAUUUUUUUCUCCGUUUUUGUUUAGAUUCCGAGCGGAGACUCUCGGUUUUAUCCGCGCAACGUGCGCUAAUUUUUUUCCAUCGCGUUUUGAAUCUAAUCGGUGCGCCGGGGUGAGGUGAUUCGUCCGGAUUUUCCCAGCGGUCUUCCAAAUACAAAUCGGGAGAAAAUUUCCGCACGUAAAACCGGACGGAUAUUUACGGCACGACUGAAUUCGCGUCGUUUUUUCGAAGUAUUUCGAUUGUCUUUCGGAAGUCUCGAGAGCGUCCGCACAAUAUUAUCGUACUGCGCGACCCUGUGCACAUACGGUCUAAAAAUCCGAUUGAGAAAAAAAAAAAAAAACGUAUGUUUUUGUCGUCUUGACGCACGACGAUUACAUGUACUACCGUACAAGACGCUACACGUAUGUAGAGAGAUUUUCGCCGCGUCUAUUCGUUUUCGGUCGCGUGACUCGCGUUUCGUAACAAACCGACGACGGUAUACGCCGAGAAAACAAAACCGGAGAAGCGACAAAAAAAAAAAAAUAAAAAAUAAAUAAAUAACCUCGCGAAAUUUACGCGCGCGCGGCCCGGUUCACGGUAUAGCGGUUAUUAUAUUAUUAUUAGAUAACGGACGACGGACGUGGAUGACCGGCGCUCGGGCCGAGUGAAACGCCGCGGUCGCGCGUUCGCAGACGCGCGGCGGCCCGCCGCCGGUAUGUGGGUCAUCCGGAGUCGAACGCGAAAAAAUAUAAUAUUGUAUUUAUAGAAAGGGAACAGACGUUUCGACCUACACCCCGGGGCCUGGUUAACCAGUCGGGAAUUCUUUUUUUUUUACUAUUAUUAUUAUUAUCAGUAUUAAUAUCCCGUUUGAAAACACAAUAAUCCGCGGCGGCGAUCAUCAUAAUCGCGAGAGAAGUGAAAUCUCCGUUCGGCACCGGCCCCUUCCCCCGGCACACCCCUCCGCGGCCCGUCCCGCCCCGCCGCCGCUCACCCAGCCCGGGUUCCGAUUUACUAUUAUACUCUUCUGCCUCGGCGCGCGCAUAAUAUUAUUGUACACAUGCGGUUUUUUUUUUUUUUAUCUUUCAUUUUUUAUUUUUUCCGUGUCUAUGUUCCGUUUGUUAUUAUUGCGCGUCCGCGCGACAUCCGGUCGACGCGGAGACGGUGAAAAUAAUACCGUCGCCGCGCGUUUUACCCGCCGUUUUUGACGGCAGCGGUAUGCGGUUCAAUUCGUAUUUUCUGUGAUAUCGUACGGUCUUUGCGCGCGGCUUUCUGGCGGCCCUCGACCAUCCGAUGUAACAUGUGUCCGUGCACUGUCCCGCGAAAAUUUUAGUACGACAGUCGCGACAUCUCGGACGGUGUUGACUUUCGAUUAUUUUCUGAACUCUAUGCGAAAAUUUUACGCGUUUCCGGUACAGUUUGUCGUCCCUAUUUUCGCCUAGCCACUUUUGAUUCUCGUACGGCGACCCACAUUCAAAAUGCCCGCGCGAAUAGACGACGAGUGUACUUCUUGUUUAGGUACGUUUCGGCGUUGGAGUUUUCGAUUUGCCGUUAACAGCGCGCCGACUAGAAUAUUUCACUUUUGUUUUAGUCAAACGCUUCAUUUGUAUGCACAGCGCGCGGCUUUUGAACAGCGUUCCGUGCUUCUCUCCCCCUAUACGCCGCACACUUAAAAAGUGGAUUAUUCUCGUCAACGGGUUGAAGAGAAAAUUGCAAUUACAAAACUACAUCAAUAACCAUAACACUCCGCGUGGCUCAUGCGGAACAUAAUACGUUUUAACCCGUUUUGUUUCUCGUUCGAAAUCUUUAAAUCAAAUGUAAAGGCGACACGGUAUAACGCUGUUCACACCGUAGAGCCACUCGCAGUUUCCUAACAAUUGUAAACAAAAUAACAAAAUUACGAAAAAAGCUAACGACGCUUUCCGAGCUAUCGCGAGACGACCGUACCAUCGUAUCUUCGUGGGACACUACGCGGUACUCCCGUAUUGUGUUACAAUACAUUACCAGACCGUCAUUGUGUUGUGCGCGUACACGCGUCACGUAAUCCGUCGGAUAAUUUGCCGACCGAUCGACGCGCCACUAUUAUCGUGACGUCUCGUCGAUAAUCCGAUAGUUUUCAUUUCGAUAUCGUCUACGAAAAUUAAACGCCCGUCGAAUAGCGCCGUGACCGUGUUAUUUCGGCUUACCGGCGACGCGCCGUGUCUCUGCAGUAUUUUCGUUCGUUUUGUCAAGUGUGUCGCGCGCGUAUAUUAUACAGGACCGUGUUUUGCUCCGGACUCGGCUCGUUUAAUAACGUAUUCGAAACCUCGCUUUGUGAAAUUUUAUUGGCGAAAAAAAGUACCGAUAAAAAAAUAAAAAUUAAAAAUAGAGAAAUGUCUUCCGUUUGUGUAUACCUGCGAUAUGUACGCAAUAAACUCCGAUAAUAAUGUAAUAAUUUAUGAAAAUUUAUUUUCAAUCGCGACUCUCCGAAUACACCCGAUUCCGCCUUAUACAUAUUUCAUCGGGCCCAACGACGUCAACAGCCGCCCCGGUCGUAUGAAUAAAAUAUUAAUAUAAAACAAUCGCAUUGUGCGCGUACGUAUGGAUAGGUAUAUAAUUAUAAUAAAUCGUAUAGCGAAAUCCGAUUUUUAUUAACGUAUAAUAAUAAUAAUACGACCGUCAUCGUCGUUAUUAUAAAAAGAAAAAAAGAAAAACGGUACAGUUUCUAUGCACGCGAAAAAAAGUCGUGGAAAUUUUGCGCGAUGUGGGAGGGGGGAGGUCGGAAUUCCGGAUAAUAUUUCCGGAAAAUAACGAUGGAUUUCGCGGAUACGUGGGUAGAAGUAUAUUACAACAUGUGCUGUGACAUUUCAAUUUCCAGUAAUCCGUGUGUGAAUUAACUCGCUAAAUUAUUGUAUUUUGUUAUUUGCGCGCAGUCUGCGCGUUAAGUUUAAACGAUAUACCUUGGUGCGCAUAUUGAACGCUCGCAUUGAAUAAGGCCAGUCGAUAGUGUUAAAUUUUUCAAUCUCGGGGCAACAUUCGAGGUCCAGCGGCCGACACCGGUUCGAGGCGUGUAAAACGAAUAAUUGUAUUUUGAUGUCGCUCGUGUGUAUACAGAACAAUAUAAGCCGCCCCCGCAGUGCCCCGCGUUUUAAUAGAACGGUCGCACACGUGCCGUGUACGUAUUGUAAUACGGUGUUACGAACGAGUGAAAAUCAAUUUCGUCAAAAAUACACGUUUAAAAGUUGUUCGUUUUGUUCGUUUUUUUUUUGUUCACACACACACACACACACACGCACGUCGACGGGUGUCGUAGUGGUGUAGACGGUGUACGAUUAUCAUUAUUAUAGAACGAGUCCGGUGUUUUCUAAAAUUAAAAUUUCUACGACCCGACUAUAAAUAUAUAAAUAUAAUAAUAUAAUGUGUGUGUGUGUGUACAGACUGUUGUGCACAUAUUACACACCGGCAUAUACGACGUGCCAGGCGGUAGGUUCCAGUCUAGUUGGAAGGGAGGGGAAUACACUAUAUAGGCGUGUGUGCCAGAGAGGGAACGAGGCAAGAGAUAGACGGAGAGAAAGAAAGAGAGAGAAAUUUUUCACUUUUCGAACGAGGGCACGGCACAGAAACGGUCGGUCGCCGCCGCGCGAAACAAUAUUUAUUUUUUUUUUAUACUUUCACUAUAUAACUAUUAUUAUUAUUAUUAUAUUAUACACACGAGUUCCAAUAACGUUCGUUCGUCCAUUAUAAUAUUAUAGUUAAAAUACCACCACUGCGAUAUAUAUGUGCGUGCUUGCGAGUGCGUACAACACACGUGCGAUUGAUAAUAAUAACAAUUUUUUUAUUAUUACUGAAAACGUUCGUGGCGGGGGAAACGAGCGAAAGACGUUUUAAUUCGGUCCAUGGGGAGUGACGAUCGCUUCGUCGUCCCUCCACCACGACGAGUAAAACAGGACACACUGUCCCGGUAAACGGUUAAAAAAUAUCGAAUUUCGGGUACCGAAUGUAAAACGAGAAAAAAGCCCAAAAAUACGAAUCUGCACAAAACGUGUUGUACCGUAUCGAAACGUUUGUAAACAAAUCGCGAUUACGGAUUUUAGGGACGUUUCAAGGCCGCGCGCUCGCGUGCGUAUACGAUUAAAACGGUGUAUACAAUUAUACACGGGGGAGCGAAAAUCCGCAGAGAAAGCAUCAAGCAGCUGUGUAUUACAAUACCUCCUGUACGAUAAUAUAAUAGUAAUAAUAUGAGCAGGAACCGUCGUCAAAAGCGUGGUCGACAUUUGUAUUAUAUUAUUUUUUAUGUACAUAAUAGGUGUACCGAAAAAUAAUUUUACACCCGUCGGUUAAUCGCCCGGAUGUAUAUGAUAUUAUAAAACACAAACAAUGAUAACGAAAACAGUGAUACGAAAGACGCGCUUGUAGUUGUUGCACAGGCCGUUCGUUCGGGGGAAUAUACCCGAGUGGCGUAUUUACAAACGCCGCACCGAAACGUAACCGCGUGGGUACCGGGAGGUGUUGGGAAAGUAUUCGAAACAUUAUGCGUGUAUGAGUACAUAAGACAAAACGAGAGAAAAAUAGACGGAGAUGUUUGUAUACGGAUUUGUAAUCACAAAAUAUUAAUUUUGUAUUUUGUAUGCACACUCUCGAACCCGAUAAAAUUCGUUUUCUGACUGCGUGAUUGAUGUUCACGCGGUUUUCGCGAGGUAUCCGGUCGGUGUACAAAUGAAAAUUGUAUGGUUACUGACCUGUGCGAACGAUAUAACAAUCGUUGGUGUGUGGUUUUCGAGUCCACAAGUUCAAUAUUAAAAAAUGCGGGUGCCGGCGCGACGUUUAGAAAACAAUAAGAAAAUGAAUCCUGUACGGGGUUCGGGUAGGAUGUACAAAUAACAAUCUUGUGAUUACAAAUCUGUAUGAAAAUCGUGUCGGUGCGGUUAUUAAGUCGAAAUUCCAAUAUGCGGGCACCGGCGUGACGAAACCCAAUAAUCGAAAAUAAACGUAAGGGGGUGGGGGGGAAAUGAAGCCCGAAAACGAGGCGGUUCGAAGACGGGUUGAGGACGGCGGGUGUGUGGUGUACGCGACGACGACGUAUGGGCGAUUGACCACGAAUAGUCGGGACAAAGGCGGAGGAGAUGAGCAAAAGACGCUUCCCGUUCGUCGGUCCGAACCCGGUAUUGUCACAGUUACAGUUCGGGGUUGUGUAGCCGCAGCGAGCGGCCCCCGGGUGUAAACCCCCGCGUGUUUAUACACCCGCUCGGGGCCGAACACGGACGCGUUACACGGGGUCUGUAAAUACGCGCCCGAGCGGACGGCGCUAUUAUUUUUUUAUAUUAUUUUGUUUUUUUUUCACCGUAGUAGUUUUUCGACCACGCGAUCGGCCGUUUACCCGUUGCACGACGCACGUGAAUCCCCCGUCGAAUCGAUACAGUGCGCGUACACACGGACGACCGCGUUAAUAACAUACCGCGAGUAUCGGACGGUAAAACACCACUAGUACAUCGCACAGAAUUAUUACAUUAUCGGCGCCUUCGAUUCUAUAUGUACAUAAUGUACCGCUUGUUCGACAGUGAAUAUGUUAUCCAGUCUUUUGUCCGCGAGUCCUUCGCGCGUUGUCCGAUUAAGAGAAAAAAUAAUAAAAAAAAUUAGAAUCUCGCGUCGAGCAUAUUUGUACGGUUUUGUUUUCACCGGUUUCGGCUCCGACGGCGGCGUGUACCGUAACGCGGCCUCCGCCGCCGCCGACUGACGAACACAAAAGAGAAAAUAUUUCGGCGAAUUAAUUGUUAUUAAAUUGAUUUCUCGUACUUCCACCCUCCUCCACCUCUCCCCCCCCGUCUGUAAACAAUAAUUUUUCUACCAGAAAUCUCUCUCCGAUUCGAAUACUUUAUAGAAAAAUUUUGCGUAGUCGCAGUUUCGAUUCGGGUCGGCGCAUUGGCGAAGUCAUUUUUCGAUUUUUCUAGGUAAUGUUUUCGCAAUUGAUCGAUCAAAAACUGACAAUUUAUCGUACAAUAUUCUCAUAUUGAUUUCUGGGUUACCUUGACUGGCGGGGAAAAUAUACGCAUGUAAUCAUUUACCCUGCUCAGAUUCGUUAUUCGUUAGCAACGUUUUUAUGUAUUGAAUUAUUCUGUGCAAUAUCCUCCCUUUCCCUCCGAAAACGGUGGCACACUCGUCGGUAGCAGAUUAUACGAUAUUAUUUUAUUCCGCGAUAAAAAUUAUGUACCGCACUGCACGACCGGUAGGUUUAACCCGCAGCGAACGCGGUAAAACGGUUACAUUAUACAGCUAAAGAUGUUAAAAGUGAUUGAAUUACGAAAAAUUAAAAUACGCUCAUAAGUUAUAAUAUUAUAUCGAGCCCCUAUCUAUGGCAUUAUUAGAAACAAAAAAAAUUAAAAAAAUACUAUACGCGUCGUCAAUUUAAUAGCCCGAGGCCCGUUUACUAUAAUACCUAUAUUGUAGAUUUUUUAAUGAGCUGUGUGCGUUAUAGUGUUCGGUUAUUAAAUUAGAAAAAAAAAAAAAAAACAAAACAAAAAUCUAGCCCAACAACAAUAAACUGCACGAGGUGACGUAUUGUUUCGAGUGUGGUCGCGUGCGUGCGCCGCCGUUUAAAAAAAAAAUUUAAUAAAAAAAAAAAAAUCAAAAAAAUCGCGAUUGCACCGUUUUCGUGCGGCGUAGGUAUUAUUGUUGUAAAUACUCUACGUUAUUAUGUUCCUCUAAUCGGCGGAAAAUGACGUUGUUCGUACGGUUUGCGAUAAAAAUGUAUUAACGCCGAACAGAAAAAUCGGACUUGACACGUAAUAAUAAUAUGCGUGCGUUUCGUUCGGUUAUUAUUAUUAUUUUUUUUUCUCGUAAUCCGCGGCGUUCGAAUAUAAAAAAAAAUAAUAUCGUUACGAUAUUAUAUUGUCCAGUCGUCGUUUGUUAUAAAUAAAUGCGUAUAUUGGUUGUCGGCAACAUAAUAAUUAUUCGGUCGGUCGGGACCGAUUAAAAAAAAAAAAUUAUUGACACGCAUAAAACAGAAUGAUUCCGUUUUCCUUCGUCCCGCCGGCUAGGGUGCGUAAACGAUUUCCCGCUAAUUAUUAUUUUUUCAAAUCGAAUUUCUUCGCGCGAUCACACCCGGCUAGAGCUGUUCUUUUAACUUGUUAUUAUCGCCAAUGGCCGUGCCUUGUCGACGUGAAUCUGGCGAACCAUACGUGUGCGUAUGCAUAAUAAAACGGUAAAAUUAUUAUUUUACAGUAUACGGCAGCUACGGGCGAUAUCGUAGCGAUGUCCGUCGUAUUUUGUACGAAUCCGCGACGUCGAAGAUCGAUUGUGGAUAUCGCGAACUACGCGACGGCCCGGGUUUUCGCACGGUUUAUUCGUUUACCGUUGCACGAUUAUCGCGGACGUGACCGGCGAUUGCCGAUUUUACCGUCGAGACGGAGGUUAGAGAUAAGACCGUGAUUUAUUCCGGUCCGACGGUAUUGCGCAGCGGGGGGGGGGUGAGUGUCGACGUACCCGUGAUAACGAAACGGACAUUUGUUUUUCCAUCGAAACGCCGCCACCGUUUCGGAAAUUUCCGGCCAUCCGCCCUGAGACGAUCGGACAUUUGUCCCCGGCGUUUCGAGCGCCGGGCCGGGGUCGCUCUUGCCGCGGCCACCGAAAAUAUUAUUGUUAUUGUUUAGAGUUCACCCGCGCCGUCGACGGAAUUCUGUUCCCGACGUAACGGGCCAAUUCCAUAACAACGCGUCGCAAUGUACCCGCAAUGUUCCCGAUACGCGGGCCGGUAAUUAAUUUAGUGCGGCCACGCUGGUUUCCAUCGCGUCCUCUAUCGUUAAUUAACCGCCGCCGGGAUCGUGAUAUUACUGUUGUGAGCGCCACCGGGUUGUGUCGGAACCGGGCGGGAACGAAUAUUCACGGUAAAUCGUAUGAAAUUUUUACCGUACACGAUAUAAUUGUUGGGUAUUUUUGGAAAUUUUUUUUUUUUUUACGCGGACAAGUCGAACAUAAUUUAUCGCGUUAGAAACUGUCGAGAUCUCGCGUGUGGGUACGGCGGUAAUAAUUAUUAAACCGCGUCGCCGUACCCGUGAUUAUACGAAACGAACGUAAACGUUUCUCCGCCGUACGAUCCGUCCGAUUUCCCAAAACACGUGAUCGAACACUGCAAUAAUAUCGCCGCGUGCAUUUCGUUUGGUUCGCGGUGUUUUUUCCUAUGUUCCGUACAGUCAUACGUGUCCGGGGCCGUAGCUUUGCAAGACCGAGAGCUUGUCUUGAACAAGGAAACAAAAUCCGGAAUUCAUUCGUAAAAAAAAAAAUAUAUAUAUAUAUAAUAAAAACACGAAAUUUUUCACGAAAAUGAGUACCUAACGGCAAAAACCAAAAUUUUGUGCAAUGCGAAAUGUCAGGUGUGCCGUCCGAAAUUAAAUAUGGGGAACGACUGUAUUGUGAUAUUUAUUUGUAUUCGUUUUUAAUUUUACAUUUUUUCGUAUCACUUUUAACAUUAGCGUAUUAUGAGUGAAGACAAAUUCUAUAAAAUGUAUCUUUAUUAAAAAUUUCAAUAACAACAAGUUGACUCGUAAAACAUUGUCAAUUAUCACAUAUUAUUUCAAAUACGAUGGAGGUACUUUGAUUAUCGAUGUUUAAUUCCUAGGUAAGGUAAUACGUCGUUAUUAAACAAAGAAUCAAAACUGAUUAUAUUUGUAAUUAUUAAUAUGUAUUGUAUUCAUGGUGGUUAGAUUGUAUUAGUUAUGCAUUUAUAAAAUUGUUUUUGAAUUAAUUUACGUGUAAAAAAAAAAUAUACUAAUUUAGCCCCUCUGAGAAAAUCGUAAAAUAACGUCUUUACGGUAGAUACUAUAUUUUUUAGAAUCUAAUCUUUAAAUAGUAAACAGAAAAUUAGCUAUUUAUUUCAUAUUUUAUAUAAAUAAUACACAGAGGAAAAUGUAAAUUACUUGGGUAUUUGAUUACUCUUUUUUUUUUUUUUUUUUGGUAACGAUUAUUAUCUAUGCGUUGGUGUGCUGGUCAAAAAUAAUAAAAAAUUGAAAUGAUUCCAUUUCUGGGGAAAGAGGCGAUGAUACCUAUGGUAUAUUACGGUUUGGUAUAAAGCGUACGAAAAAGUAUACAUUUUAGCCUCUGCGGCUACCGGGGUGACCAGAUAGGCUACAAGAGCGAGCAUUUUCGUGUGGUCGGAUGCGCCGAAAAGCCUUAAUUGUUACAAAGUACACCGAAAACGUUUUAGACCAGUAACCUUCGUCGGGUUUCUCUUGCGUAAUUGCCCCCCUCAAUAUUCUCCGCGAUUUAAAAUUGUCGUGUUAUUCAUCGUAGAAAUUCCAACGUUAUUUUUUAUUGUGCGUAUUUUUCAUUGCGCGUUGUUAUCGAAAUACGAGAGACACUUUCGUCGUGAAUAAUACGAAAUAUCUUUUACGUAGGUACUCUCAUCGACGAGUUUUAUCAUUUUUUACGGAAUGUCACAUAAAAUCUCCAAUCGUGGUUUAAAACAAUGGUGGUGACGAGACCGACGUCAAACUCACAGCGAAAUGCCAGCGCAUUUCUGGUAAAAUGAUAAAAAAAAAAAAAAACAAUUUUAAAAAUACAUGUGUACAACCAUGAUUUGUUUAUCCGAUCUACAGAGUUGAACAAAUUAUAAAGAAAAACUGCUUGAAAAGAGUCUGGAUUACUGUUUGCGGACGGACAAGAACGGAAAACCACUAAAGUCGUUCAACUAAUAUUUAACGAGUUAAAGGGAAUAAAUAACGGUUGUCACGACGGUGCUGUUUUGGUUUCUUUGGGGAUUAUUGUUUGUAAACACACGAUUGAAUCGAUACGAGCAAAAGGGACGCUAAAAGACGAGCUACUUGCUGGUUUAUUGACGUCCGUGCCGCCGCCGGCUAUUAUUUUGGCCGCAUCGAUCUGCCAUCUGGCGGACGAGCUCGGCGUUCUCGUCAAGCCAUCCGGCCGGUAGAUAGCAGUACUAUUUACGACUAUACCGUAAUGAUAAUAUUUAGACCCAUCAUCGAACCGCGUUUUUCCGCGACGGGCAUUAUCGAUUUCUCCAAUACUAAGCCAGAACGAUUUUCCAACCAAAUUAAACCGUCGUUCUCUUAUCUUCGUAUAAAUUUUAAUAUUAUGCAUCGCGGCCUGCGAUCGCUCGUCGAUUACCUACGAGAAUCGGGAAAUCGAUCGAGCAAAAUGAUUACCGUUCGUACAUGUUCCGGGUCUACAAAAUGUGUGUAACCACUAAGGCGCACUAACUCCAACAUUGUCCGCUAGAGGCAUCGGCACAUCAUCGAAACAAAACGACGACGACGGCGCAUCGGUAAACCGUGUGUACAUUGAAAAUUGGCCGACAAAAAUUCCUCGUGUCGUUUGGCCGUCGGUCGUUUCGGGGUCUGAAAAGAUCCGAAGUCUAACGAAAUAACGACAAUUCCCUGCGGGGCGAACAGUCGGGUACCUACUGCGUGUUAUUGUAAUAAAAUAUUUUGCUUUGACGAGUUUGUUUUCUUUACGCCCGUGUCCGCGGGACUUUGGCGUCGGAAACGUGCGUUUUUACACACCUAAUGUCAUCAUUCCGGGAAAAUGUGAUUCGUACAUCCGACGGGCUCCGGAGUCCAGAGGCGUGUUCGCACUUUUAGAUGGCCCCGGGGUACUGCGCUUUAGGCGGCCCGAUCACAACCGUAUUUUCGGCGACGGGCGAGAUAAACAAAAAAAAGUACCGCCUCUUUCAGCCGUGGUUUUUUUUUUGCCUGUAAAGAGGUCCUGGAGAAUUCGGAGUCCGCCGACACUCGGUUGUCUGCGAACGUCUAUAAGGUUUUCCCCGCUGCCGCCGGACCGUAUUCCAAGCGUUAGCCGUCUGACGAUUACACGCGGUUACGUUAUAUUUAUUAUUAUUAUUAUUUUUUUUUAUUGCCGUUUUACUCUCGUAUUAUGUACCCACGUACCUAUAAUAUAUUUAUUAUUAUAAUGAUAAUACUAAACUCGUGUACGGUCUACGUGAUUGCGUCCGGCCGAUUUUCACCAUAUGUCUUCUCGAUAAAUUAUUAUUGAAAACUAUUCACAGGUACAUCGGCGCGUACUACGCACGCGCGUUUUAUUAUAUACAUUACAAUGGUGGCCGGUGCGUAUAUUAUACGUAUCCGCCGCCUAUACUGCAUAUGCGUGUAUAUGCGAUGUUUUGGGCCGAGUCCAAUCAACCUGUCAAUCCGUGACGACCGAAACCGAUUUUUUUUUUUUUCUCUCCGUUCUGAAGAAAGCAAAACCCUCCCGGUCCGGUCCCCCUCCGUCUUCCCGCAACCACCACCACCACCACCAACACGUUCCCCUCGCUCGCCCCGUCGCCGUCCGACGGGACACGAAAUUAUUGUCAUCGUCAUCGCCAUCACGGUUACACGGGUUUACAACAACAACAACAACAACAACAACAUUGAUUUUCCACCAGAUUACCUAUUAUCUACUUUUUUUUUUUUCCAGAAUCAUUUUCCCGGUCGGUUUUUUUCAUUUUCAAGGACACCUUUUCCCGUGGAAAUCUACUGCGCAGGCGUUUCCGCCGUCGUUCCGCGAACGCACGCGCGUAUUAUUGUAUACGACACGCGGCCCGCGUUAUUAUUUCGUUAUUUGCGGCGGUCUUUAAAUAUUAAACAAUAUAAAAUACAAUAUUCUGUGCGUGUAAUGUAAUGUCUCGUAAAAACAAAAUCGCUUUUCUCACGUUCCGCACGUCAUUGUUAUUAUAUGCGCUCGUGUGCCUAUAAUAUUAUAUUGUACGGGACGGACGGGAUGAUAAUAAUAAUAAUGCGCGGACCGAUAAAACGUACGUUAUAUUUACGGACCGUAAUACUAUGUGUUUGCGACGUCAAUUAGGCAUUAUUGAAAAAAAAAAAAAAAGAAAAAAAGAAAUGAACGUCAACAAUCAGUAUAAUAUACAGUACAGUCCGCCGCGUUCGUUAAUAACGUUUUUAAAACGUAUUGUUUUUCGACUAAACGGCGGGGGGGAUGGGGUGUUACUGUUUGUUUUCUGGCCGCCGCGACCCGACGGCGAUUCGUAUCCGCCGUCCGCGUUUCGGAAUCGAGUCGAAUAAAACAUUACAACGAUACAAUUGCGCCCGGCCGUGUUCGCCGGCCGUGACGGUGUGAAAAAUGGCGGUCAAGAGAACACGCCGCGGAGCGGGGCCGCGUCGUCGUAGGGGAAAUCGCGUCAAAAAGCAAACGGGAAAAAAAAAAAAAAUCGCGAAAAAACCCGCGCGCGACCUUGCGACCGAUAACAACGCGCGACGAACCGUCCGCCCGCAAACGCGAAAAUCUCCGCGCGGGCGGCGCGUACCAUAUUAAUCACAAUAAUAUCGUAUAUUGCGCACGGAGGCUCGCGUAAAGUGGGAGGUUAGGGGCCCCUUAUCGGCUUGAAAAUACGAAAAAAAAAAAAAAUAAUACGAGUAAUGAUUAACAUCGAAAUGUUAUGUGUUUCAGCCGAGUUACGAAGAAAACGCUUGAUGCGUAUUGAUAAGAAAUUGUAUUUGUUUUAGGAUCCGACUUUUAAACUAUACCAACUAUACCGUAGUCGAGUGGAGGGAGUAGAGAAGAGAAUUUUACGAUUUAUGCACGAUUCUUAUUUGUUAUAUCACUUCCCAUUGAUAUAAUUAAAUAUAAUAAUAUAUAAUACAAAUAUAUUUUUAAAAAAUGCACGGCGACAUAAUCGUCGUUAUUUUUGCUGCCCGCGCAGGUUUGACAUAUUUUAUAUUAUUAUUUUUUUGCAUUAUUUUGCGUACUUUUUUUUUUUUCUGUUUUUAGGGAAAAUUUUUGCUAAUGUGAACAAUGAUUUAUUUUGUAUUUUUUUAUAAAUAGCAGAAAAAUAAUCUGUCAUUUACGUGAAUCCGCCCAAUAUGAAAAGUAUCUACAAUUUCGUUUCGUAUCGUAAUCGAUUUUUAAGCAGUCCGGCGUAUUGACUCGUCGAACAUUCUAUGAUUUCUUGUCGGUCGCAUAUAUACGUAUAUAUUCGACCGAUAAAAAAUAUAUUUCAAAAUAUAAACACACUUUCUUUUUUGCCUUUUUUUUUACGGCGUAUAUUAUCGCGUUCGUUUUAAGAUUCCUCAAGUCUAUACGUAUUAUAGAACGUAUUUCAAUUAUUCGUAGCGCUACAAAAUCCGAAUCCUGGUAAUAAGGAUAAUAAUAAUAACAAUAUCGUAUUCUAUAAUAAUUCAUUGUUGUUACAUACCGUCGUCGGAGACUGCGCGCGUUCAAUGACUUUGGGACGCAGGGCGAGUUUAUCUCUGUCUCUCUCUCUCUGUCUCUCUUUCUCUCUCUCUGCAGUAUGUGUCAGGUGUCCGUGGCGGUCUGUCUGUCUCUCCGCGGACCAAAAACGAAAAAUCUGCCCGGAGGCGAGUGCACACCGCGCACACCGAUCUCGACCCCGUACGCCUACCUACGUAUACGGUUUUUUUUUUUCUAUCGACCAAAACAAUAAUAAUAAUAUUGUAUACGUCGUUUCUCCGGACAAUGGCGCCGGGACCGGGGGCAGCACACACGUCACGUAUAGGUGGCCGAUAACGGAUCCGUUUUUUUUUUUUUUUUUCUAGUCAAUGUACAUUGUACAUACCUGUAUGCGUGUAUAAUAUACAUAUGUAUAUUAUUAUUAUUACUACGCUGUCUCAAUACACGGGCUAGGGUUGAUCCGGAGUGUGUGUCUUUCCGGAGGCGGCCGGUGAACAACCUAAAAAUUCCGAAUAUAACCGUAACACGUUAUGUCGCCUAUCGUGCCGUCGUGUAUUUGUUUAAAAAAACGCUCGCUUAAAUUUUUAACGAGCGCUCCGUGUAUAAUAGUACAAUAAUUAUUAUAUCUCCGCGCCUGUGCGUAUAAAAUAUUGUAGGUGAACUGAUAAACCGCAGGUCGUCAGAGACGUAUUAUAAUAUAUUUUUUAAUCGACGGACGAUUUUAUCAUGUUUUGUUUUCAGUUUUUCACACAGUGACCGCGAGUCGCGACGGUCGGAUCCGUGGAUAAUAAACACUCGGAUAAGCUUUAGUUUUUAUUUCUUCAACGACAAAAAAACUAAAGCCAUUGUUUUUCUAAACAUGACACAUUAUAAUAAUAUGUAGCCAGUUAUAAGUUUAGAAAAAAAAAAAAAACACCGAGUUUAAUCCUUAAACAUUGUAAUGUCUUGACUGAAUGGCUGUCUUGAGCGUAGAUCAAAAAGAUUAGUUCCAGAUAGUAACGGCGGGAACGAUAACAAAUCUUAUCGAAAAUCACCGGGAGCGCUCUGAUAAUUGGCCUCGGUCGGCCGCCGUGCCGGGGACCGAGCCACUCUUGAGAACAGUAUGAACGUGCCCCGUCCGUGUCUCGUCUUAUGAUAUUGACGAUUUAAUUUUUCGGCGAUUUUAACAGCGCGUACGCAUUUAGCAGACGUGAAAUAAUGUCGUUUCCGAACGGAACGUCAACGCCGCGGUCGCAUGAAGGUUAUAAUGUCGCGUAUAAUAUACGCCCGUAGUGGUGGAGCGGACGGUCGUCGUUGUCGCAGUUUGGCGGCGGAGGUCGGGAAAAGGAUUCGUAAAAAAAAAAAAAAAAACUAGAAAAAAAAAACUGCCACGUUGCUAUCGAUCAAAGUAUCUCAUAAUAUUACAACAAUGCCAGCGGGAGUUACGUGUGCGUAUAUAUAUAUAUAUGUAUUAUUAUAUAGGUAUAUACAUAAUAUUAAGUAUAUUGUUAUUAUUAUCAUUAUUAUUAUUAUUACGACGUUAACGCAUCCGUGACAAGCAAACAGAAGAUGGAAAUAAAAAAAAAAAAUCACGGCGGCGCAAAAAAACCCAUCGACGACGCGUAAAACGUUGCCAACGAAUAUUAUAACGCAGGUAUAUAUAGGUAGGUAGGUAGAUAGGUAGGUAGGUACACGAUAUUGUAUACCGGGAGGUAGGUGUAUACGGGCGAGCGGAGCGAGGAACAAACAAAAUGAUUAUAAAAAAAAAAAAAAAAAAAAAAAAACGGUCCUGCCGCAGAGCCGCGCGCGGUAUACGACGCGAUCGAAAAUCCCAAAUUCCUCAUCUACUACCACAGAGAUAAACCGCGUAUGCCACAGAGUCGUUAUCUUAUCCGGCAUUGACCGUACGCGCACGAGAAUAAUAUUGACAUCCCGUUGCGCUAUGAGAUCUGCGGUCUAAGGUCGCUUCUCGAUUUUGUUUAAGAUUUACGGGUGAGUUGGGUGCUCAAUAUGAAAAUAAUUAUAAAUAUCAGUAACUGUUUAAUACCCGUUUGGUAAAAAUAAGCGAACAUAUUGCGAUAUAUUGGGAAUAUUGGUGGGUGGAUAUUGGUUGGACUGUAUAAGUUACUUCUGGAUUAUUUUAGAUACGUUUCGCCACUGGACGUGACUAUAAUAUUACACACUACAGAGUGAUUUUUUUUUUAUCAUAAACCAGCAAUUAUCAGUGUGUUGCAUAUCAACAUUUUUAGAAAAAUAUUCUCUGUUCAAAUCUGUGUUCAUAAGGGGGGAGGUGUUCCUAUUUGAAAAUAUACACUUAUUCAAGGUACAUGGAGUAGGGGUAAAAAAUAAAAAAUGAUUUUAAAAUAAAGCUUAAACGUAAUAUAUAAUGAUUAGAAAAAACGGGAAUCGAAUUCACUUAAAAUCCUCCGAGAUGAUUGCUGGGUUUAUGAUAAAAAAAAUAUCACCCUGUAUACCUCGAUCUGUCGUUGCGUACGGGGCGCACAGACUUGGCCCGUCUAGAAAACCGACGGGAACGGACUUAUCGUUUUCCAAAGGAAAGUCCCGCAAACAAUUUUUAAAAUGGCGAGUGGACGCCGGGACCGACGAGUGGACGAUAAGAACGAACGACAAGAGACUGCACAAAUGGGGGGGAGCACUCCCGGAAAAGCCGAAACACGUUAAUUCGUACGGAAAAUGACUGCGGUCGGGGCGAGAGGAGACACCUUCAGAGACCGAAAAGAGGCCGUAAAGAAGACGUGUGUGCAGCCAAGAGUGGCGCAGAGGAUCGGAUUGAAAGGCGCGAAUGUCGAAAUGGUGGUCGGCGUAAAAUUAUAUUUAUUGUCAAUUACGCCGCGACGACGACGGCAAUUAUUGCAGACCGCGGUAAACAGCAAUGACAAUAAUUAUUAUUAUCGUCUCGUUUUAAUUACCCGAUUUCCCGUCUCGUAAAACAGUAAUAAUUAGUCAAGUGUAUUAUGUUUUUCUCUUUGUUUGCCGUCGUUUUCCGUUUCCAUUAAUUAUUGUCAUUCGUCAAAAGCGAAUUAUCUCUGUUUAAUAAUGUAAAUAACCGAUAAACUCCGCCGUUCGGCAACUCUGAUUACAUCGUUGUUUCGCAUUGUGUGUAUCGUUGUUAAUUAUCGACGGACUUCUCGGUGUCUACCCUAUUACAGGUACGCUGGGUUUCAAUUUUUUUUUUUUUUUUUUAAUAAUAUUACGUCAGAUCGUAGGCGUAUUAUUAUUGUUAUUCAAGAAAACACGACUACGGAACCUUACACUUGUCACGAAACCAUCGCGUCAUAACAACAUAUUAUUAUGUUUAUCAAACCGUGAUGUUCAAGUGCAAAGAGAAUUGAUUUUGCGGCCUCAAAAAAAAAAAUAAUUUUUUUUUCUGCGGUUCGGUUUACGGUGCUAGUUGUCGUUUUUUCGCCGAUAAAAGCGACGGUUUUUUUUUUUUUUUAUAUUAUUGUCUUUAUUCCUCUUCAAUCCGCGUGAAAUAACUAGAGACCACAAGAAAUAUUAUCCGCAUUGGGUUCAAUAUUAUUAUACGAUUAUAAACCGUUCGCGUCUCUCGCGCAUCACGCAUCAUAAAAAUUUGUUAACACCGACUUUCGCGGCGUUUUUAACAAGUUCCCUCAUCGCGCACUCGGCGGAUAAUCGUAAUUUAUAAUAAUUUUUUUUUUUUUGUUGACGCGUAACACCGUAAAACAUCGGACGCGGCGUCAUUAUCGCACGCGCGCGCGCAUUAACGUUUAUCGUUGCUAUCCCGACGCGUUCCCUCUCGUACGACGCCGACGGCGUAUAAUAAUAUACCGGGAAUAAUAUAAUUACCUUUCACGAUUGUUGUCGUUCGGUCUCCAGAUGGUCCGUGACGGUCGAGGACGUAUCGCCGUAAAUCGAGAUAUCGUCGGUACGCGCGAGAGAGACAAAAAAAAAAAACCCUCUCUCGCGGUUUACUCGGCGUACAGAACCCAUUAGACCCCUCCGACGACGACGACGGAAUCCCCUAACGCGCGUAAUAUACGCGUUGUUAUUGUUUCUUUCGUUUUCGUCGCGCGAGCGUUAUUAUUCUGCUUCCGAGCCGCGGAGUGAAGACGCGUAAAAUCAACAAACGCAAAACCGGUUUCCCGUCGCUCUCCCGCGCCGCCGACGUGCGUACCGUGGCGCACGCAUACCUGUUGGCCGCGGCGGUCGCGCGCCGCCCGCGUACGCAACGGCGGCACCGGGCGCGCGCCCGCCCGCCCGCGUACAUAGGGUUUGGGUGUACGCGUAUUAUUAUUGCCCCCAACGAGUUUUUACGCGCCGGGUGUUUCGACCGGGUGUUCGGCCGCGAACGAACGGACGCGCCCGCCGUUAAAGAAUGCGCCGCGCUCACAAGGGUUGAAAAUACCCCCGCGAGAGGGUUGCCGCCGUCGCGUUUAAUGUGUAACACCUGCCGCCGAGCGACGCGGCGUACGCUGCGCGUAUGGUACGCGCAUGCCCCGGGCGCGUUAUUAUGUUCGGGCCGGACCCGCUCACAAAGUGCCCCGGCGUCGAAACGCGUUUCCGACGAGCCUCCCCGUCGUCGCAGUCGUCGCGUCUCCGUCUCCGUUAUUAUUGUGUUAUACGCCCGGGCCUACUAAUACGGUAUGCGGGGAACGGAAUCCGCCGUCGUCGUCGUAGUCGCCAAGACUCUCUCCGUAAACCGUAUAAUAAUAAUAAUAAUAAUACGGGCGAUGACUAUUAUAUUGUACACGCCGGUACCGCGUUUUUACCCCGUCCGACGUCGGUUAUAAAAAAAAUACGGUGGAAAAAAAAAAAAAAUAAAUCCUCCGGAGACCCGCGGUGCGGAGCGUAUACGUCUAAUAUAUACGGUAUACGUGUAUAAUAAUAAUAAUAAUAAUAAUAAUGCGUACAAAACAUUAUAUAGUAUAGUGCGCGGAGGACGUGUUAGUCACGGGUUUCCAUGUAUGAAAAAAAUAUCCAUUAAUCAUUGACGUGUAUUAUUAUACACGACGAACGAAAUUAAUAUAAUAUUAACCCCUUCGCGGGACAUUAAAAUGUACGAUAGCGUCUCGGGAAAAAAAUAAAUAAAAAAAAAAAAAAAAUCUCCCGACAAUCGGUCACGUGAUCCGAUUACGUUAUUAUAACAUUUAUUUUUUUUUUUUUACCUUACCCGUAGACGUCCGCCCGAGCUCUUGGCUUUUCCGUAAAACGUGUAUUUUCUGUAUUCGUAUAUAAUACAAUACAAUAAAAACGAUCCUUAUUUGAAUGAUAAUACCUACAUUUCAUUUCUUUUUUUUUUUUUAAACUCCCCUAUUAUCGCCGUACGCCGUAGGAAUUCGUUUUUCUUUUUUUUUUUUUUAUGUAAACUACUCUGCGUACAUCUCGAUUGCAACGGGUAUCGACGGGUUUUAGACUACGGGUUAUGAGCAACCGCUGCAGACGGGUGGCGAUCGUUUCCCGACGGUGAUAAACGUACCCAAUAUUGUGUUUCGUGACAAAAAACGAUACGUAUAAUAUCUAAAACGCGUCCGUUUUUAUUGAACCGUUCGGCCGCGUUUAUUUUAUCCGUACGACACGCCUUAUAGGUAUUCGUCAAAAUUAAAAUAAAUAUUCUUGGUUUUUCGUGUUUUACAAAUAGCUCUGUAUGAUGUAACGCAUAUGCUCGUGCGUAGUACAACCCGUCCAGUACGGUUUUCGAUUCAAAACUAACCGAAGGAAUACACGUUUUUUUUUUUCAACGUGCACCACAUAUUUCUAAACACAUCUGUUGUCGGUCUAAUGGAUUAUUAAUUAAUUAAUUAGCGUGUUUUAUAUUCAACGGUUGCGUACUGCAGGAGUGACAGAAAGCGAUAUUUAAAAAUAGAUAAGACGUGUUUUAACGCGCGUACACCAUUAGCCCGGUAUUAUACAAUUUAUCAUUGCACGGAUGUUUGUCAAAUCAAACGAAAAGUGUUUUCUACUAAAUUAAAAAAAAUAAAAAAUAAAUGCCCGUUGAUAUUCGAAAGAUUUAUGAAAAAACGUCGGAACGAAACCCCACGUACACACUGACAAAUAAAACGAAAUCAAACAUGUUCGCGGAGACGGCGAUGAGUGGUGUGUAUACUUUCCAUGACGGUCGAGGCGAAAUGCGCACGAUUUCCCCUUAUACACCAGGCGCCCCCGCCCUACCACAGUGGAUACGCGUCAUAAACGACGACGUUAGAAAAUAAUAUUAUUGCUGUUGUUUUACUGGCGCAAAUUGAACUAGCGGCGGUCAGUUGCGUAGAAAACAAUAUUUCGGGAAAUGUUUUCACACGAGCAAUACAAUAAAAGUUUAAAACAAACAUUUCGAACGAUCUUUAAUACUACAUAUGUACUACUCUACUAAUGUACAACGCGUUUUCCGUAAUUCAAUAGGGGAAGGGGGUCAGUGGCGUAAAUAUCGGGAGGGCCUAGGUGGACAAACGCCACGGGCCCAAAACUGAUAAGUGCCUUAGCAGUAGCCUAGACCGGGCCAAAAGCGUUAUUGGACAGGUGAGCGUCUUUUCGAAUGACCUUUUAUUAUUGGCCCGUCGGUUCAGCCUUUAGGACCUUAAUGCGAUACUUUGCUACGGGCAUAAGAAGUGCCCUAGCUACGUUACUAGGGGGGGGGAGAAUAUCUUCCCCCUCUCCCGUAUGCGCGUGUAAUUCCGGACGGAAGGACGGUGUCCGGGCACGCGCGAAUACGACAAUAUUGUAAUCCCGUCGAAAUAACGGGUUGCCGACGGGGCGUACACUGUUUACGACGUGUCGCGUACAAUAAUAAUUACUGUUAUAUUGUUAUAAUAAUAUUAUAUUACAACGUUCGCGUACGGCUCGAGAGAAAAAGAAAUAUUUCGAAAUCGUUGUUAUUGGUGGGCACGUAGCGAUGUUUCGUUUUAAACACUGCGCGGCGCGGGCCGACGUCGCAUCACAUCCGCUGCCGGCCGGUGCAUCCCGUCUCGCGGAGAGAGUACUUUCACUAGAAACGUUCCGGGAGAGUCGUACCGAACGCCGCGGCGUACGCGCGUAUAGUCUGCACGGCGACGGCGGCGUCGUUGUUGUGUAAGAGGGAGCGGCGUUUUUAUUUUCUGUAUUUUUAUUUUCAUUCGUGCGCGCGCUCGCCGGCUAACCCGUCACUCGGUCGCUCUCUCUCUCUCUAUCUAUCUCCGUUUCAAACGCGACGCGUCGUAUCUCGCCGACCGCAAUAAACGUCCGUCAUCGUCAUCACCGUCACCAUCUACGCGUCUCCGUCGGGCGCCCGGCACAGAAUGAUGCACGUCGACGCGUCUCUCGUACCGCGUCGUCGUUGUAUACCACGGCGGUGCGGCGUCGCGGCUGAUAUCGCGCGGUACAGCGUGGUAUAAUAUCGAAUAUAGUCGUACUCGUGUACGCGGUAAUGGUGGGGUCGGGCGGGCGGGCGGACGCAAGCAAAGCGUUGGCCCUGAACUUAUCCCCACCUGGCCGCGGCGGCGGCGCUCGCGUGUUGUGUUGAUAUCGGAGGCCAAUGCCGCCGCCGCCGCGGCCCGGACGUCGCACUCUCUCUCACCUGCAGCCGCCAGUUCAAGUUCAUCGUUCCGGCAGUGUCAUCCCGUCGCGCGUUCAAGUCUCCUUUCGUCGUCGUCGUCGUCGUCGUCGUAGUAGUCGUACCCGUGUACCGACCGAGUGUGUGACAUUCGAACGCGACACUUUUUGUGUUUUUUUUUUUGUCGCUGUUUCCGAAAUAGUUAUCAUUCAUUUAUUCAAACAUUAUUAUUAUUACUUCGGCCGAAUUCUAUUUCGAAUAGUUGUGCGCGUCCGAAGACGGAACAUAAUAUUAUAAACGUACGCAUACGUCCGUGUUGGCGCGCGUCAGAUUCGAAUUUGUGUUUAAAUUUUUUUUUUUUCGUGUUUUCGUGUCGUUGUUUUUGCCACUGUGCACCCGUCGUCCAUCCCACGGACGACCGUCUCUCCGUACGAGGUACGAGAAAAUGUUAUGGUAAACAAAUCGGCCGUCGUUUUAAAAAAAGAUAUUAUGCUAUUUGUGUGCAGAUUAUGCGACCAUAGACACCGGACUACUGUACUAUAAUAAUAUUAUCUAUAGUGAAGAGGUACGUUCAAUUGACUCGGAAAAGCACACGUUAUAUUAUUACGUUUUCGUUGUAUUAAUCGUUCGAAAAUAUAAUCGGUACUAAUAACCGACAAAAUCAAUGUAGUCGUUAAACGCCGCACACAAUACAAUACAUAAUUAUAAUUUUUUUUUUCUACAAUCUCACCCGUGUGUUACCGAACAUCAUAUUAUGUUAGCGUGUAUUCCAUAUACUGGUAGUCAAGUGACGUCCCCUCCACUUUGAUAUAAUUUAUUAUUCAUAAAUAAUAUAUAUUACACAACACUUUUCGGUACUGUAAUUAAUAUUCUGUUGGUUUUGUCCGCGUUGUUCUGAUGUUCACGAUAAAUUACUUGCAUUAACACGUGAUAUUACACGGAGACAUAUCUACUGAAUUUUAGUUAAAAGUACCCGUUAGUCGUAAAUAAAUAAAAAUACUCACGUUUAGGCAAUAAUGUUGUGAAAAAAAUUUCCGUUUACAGAGUGUCUAAGGUUAUAGCAUAAUAUCACCUAUACAUAUUAUAUACCAUUAAAACGACGACCUAAACAUUCGUGCGCGCAAAAAACCAAAUAUAAAUAUAUAUGUUUCUAAGCCGUUUAUGCGAUUAAAAAUCAGUGGUAGGUACCCACUCCGUCGGAUGCAUAUUUUCAGCCGGAAAUUGGGCAUUCGGGCACAAUAAUAUUAUAGUUGCUGCGCGUCGAAACGUUUUCGCGGAUCCGUAAAAGGAUAUGGGAAAAAUUCGAGGCAAACCAAAAAAAAAAAAAAAAGAACAAAUACGUAUAACGGCGUACGGCCGUACACUUUUUGAAAGUGGAUACCUCUAAAUCGUGUACAAGUAUUUAUGCGUAAUGGGCGAUAUAGAUUUCUCUAUAAAAAUUACAUUAUAUUAUUAUCGUCGCAGACGACGGCGUCGUCGCUCCGUAUCGCACCCGACACGACGCGCGUGGAAUGUUGUUUUUUUAAUGGACUUUUUUUUCUUUUUUCGGAUGGCCCGCUCCCGAUGACAUACAGACACCCAUGCAGGCCCGAUAAUGUUAAUGACCUUAUACGCGUUACAAUAAACAAAAACAAAACCGCUUAGCGUAAUGGGCCCGUGAAAAAUUUAUAACGCCGCGCUUUAUUAUUACGAUCAUAACGUAUAUUACGCGCGAUAUGCAGCUAUCGGUAUUAUAUACAUAUACCUAUGCUUAAUCGCUUUUUUAUAUUUUUCGGCGAUCCGUCUCUUUAAUGUAUCUAAGGAUAAUAAUAAUAAUCCGGGCGGUCAAUACAUUAAUACCUACUCGACGACGCUGUUAUGUUACACGUAUAUCAUUGUGUAUUGCGUUCGUUUUGCUAGAUAUAUACGUACAUAUAUAUGUAUGUACAGAUAAUUAUCUUGACAUCUGCAUAAUAUAAAAUGUAAUAAUAUCGUGUAAAGAAAAUGAAAGAAAUAAAAAACAACCGUGUGUAUUCGAUGGACCGGCGACGGAGCACAAAAGAUUCUAUUGUGCGCAAUGACGUCACGUUAUUAAAUCGCUGCUGGUUCCUCUAUUCUAUAAAAUAAUAAUAAUCAUAAUAAUAAUAUAGUAUACCUAUACACGAAAAAACAUCAUUCACACGACGUUGCCGCGGCGGCUCGUCCACAGUGCGACCGAGAACCAAAAAAUUAGUAAGUCGCGCGUAUCAUACGUGACAGGGAGUGCCCCGGGGAGUCGUCAGGGAGUUUGGCGUCGCGGAGACGCCACUCGCACGCGCGGGGAAAAACGGCGGCGAAACAUAUAUUUUUAUAAAACAGCGUAUCCGCGCGACGGCCGCGCGCCGUCAGGACCCGUUUCCGAACCCGUCGUAUUUUACAGAAGUACCGCCACCCCGUCGAACCGCGACGAUCCCGUAACGCGGACAGCAGCAGCUGCAGAAUCACCACCGCCGUUACCAGCAGCGUCGUUGUGCGGCCCGCACCAACGACGACGGCAGCGGCCCCGAGCUGUUCGCCGCCCCGCACCAACGACGACGGCAGCGGCCCCGAGCUGUUCGCCGCCCCGCGUACCGUUUACACAUGUGAGCGGCCGCCCUGGCGUCCGGCGACAUAAUGUUACGACUGGCGUCCCAGAACGACAUGGCCAUGACUUCGUCGUCCGAGGUCUCGUCGUCUUCCUCGUCCGCGGCCGCCGGUUUCUCGGCCACCAGCAUGUUCAUCAACGCGUUUUUCAGCACCAACAACAGCCCGAUGACCCGCGAAAGUUUCGAGUUCCUGCAGGAGCUCGACGACAGCUUCGGCGAACAGCCCUCGUACACGCACCAGCAGCGGUACCAACAGGACGCCAUUAUGAACCGGUUUAUGACGUCACAACACAAUACCUCCGUGCCCGUGAUAACAGGUAAAAAAAAAAGCGGUCUCCGGUCACCUACCUACCUACCUACAUACAUGCGUACCGUGUACUAUACAUACACAACGACUGUCAAAAAGGAUUUCUCUACGAUUAUAUAAUCCCCGUUCGGUGUGUAUUUUUUAACCGUACGAUUGAAAUAUCGUGUUCAUUCGUCACUCGGCAGUCGUUGGCCAGUGUCACAUGACACACACGACACGUCGUUCGCUCUGCGCGUUGCGUUACCGGUAAGAAAUGUUUUCGAACCGAAACGCAUAAUAUUAUUGUUAUCUCGAAUUUUAAAUCUGUAUUACUUAAAAUGUGUAUUUUGAAUUCUCCAAAUGAUUAUUAUUUAUAAGGAUAGAAAAAAAAACCUGGUAGGUAACUGCGUAUAAAAAAUGAAAAGAGACCGUGAAAUACUCUUGGUGGGAUUAUAUUAUUAGGUAUACGAGCCGGCUGCUGUGUAAUAAUAAUUCCACCCGAGUUCCCCUCUCCUGCGCUCCUCCCGUGGUAAUCACUGGUAUCGAGAAGGAUUUUUUAAUAGCUUUUUUUUCCCAACGUGUCGAUAGUAAAAUGAAUACAAUAAAAAAAAAAAAAACACCCGUCCAAUUAAAUGCGUUUAAUAUUGUUCAUUGAACACACCGCCGACAACGACGUCGCGGCUCUGUCGUCUCGUUACGAAUAAAAAAAAAAUAAAGUAUCGUCGGUCCGCGCGUAAUCGAUCUCUGUGUAACGAAAAGUAAAAAAAAAAAAAUCGAAUUGAAACCCAACGCGAAUACCCGAGAAACGCAUAAUGGUGGUAGUACAGCUAACCAUUUAUCGGAGUGGUUAUCAACUCGUUGUAAACGUAUACCGCGGUAUGAUACUACGCCUACGGUUUGGCCCACAGACAAUAAACGCGCACAUAAAUUCUGCCUAAAUUCCUCGCGUGUUUCGUUUUUUUAUGAUGUAGGUGUAUGUAUCGUACCCGAAAUGUACCGUUUCCACGACGUACCAGACGGCUAUUUAUUUUUUGUAUAUACUUCUAUUCCAUUAGGUAUCCGAAAACUAAGCGCGUACCCCGGUCGGAGUAUAUAUUUUUAUAGCGGUGACACGGUUUCGGCACCGCGCGUUUAAUACGGUUCUCAGUGAUAAUAAUAUACUAUGAUGUUAUUAUUAUAAUGAAUGGACACCGUUGAUUAUAAUGUUACUAGGAACAAAACUCUUGUUUUUGAAUUUGAAUUUUUCUUUUCGGUUUGUGUAUAAUAAUUUGUAUGUUAUCGGCACGGUGUUUUUAUUUCGGUCUCUCCAGGAUUAUUCCACGGAAUAACCUAAUAUUAUCCACGUGUUCUGGCGAUUGUAGUUAUUUCUCGAGUUUAUUUUUAUCAAUCGUGGAAAUAACCGUGAUACAGUCAAUAUUAUUUUCGUUGCAUUAUCGUUUCCACGAUUGCCAGAUGUUUAUUAAUUAAAUAUUAAUUGUUGUUGUCGAGAUCGAUUUAUAGGCACCGUAACAUUAUAAUAAUUAAUAAUAACAAUAAUAAUAAUUGCAAUCACGUGAUAAAAAUAUCGUUUAUAAUAUUACUAUCAUUCGGUAUUAUGGUAGACGUGCAGUUUGUACAGCUCGUAAAACCUGUAAAAUCGAUCAUUUUCUCCACGGACGAUCUCCGUUUUAAUUUUACGUCGGUUAAUAAAGACAUAAUAUUAAUAUUGCCGAUACGCGCCGGUGUAAUAACGUAUACAAAAUCGUGCGUUUAUAUUACGAAUGCGCGGUCUGUUAAUACAACACAGCAAGUCACAAUCGUUCACAUAUUUUACGAUAGAACCGUCUUAGUGUUUUGUCCGACGCGCGGGACUACAUGGGAUAUUGAAAUUUGAAAGACCGAUCCCAGAGAGAAUUUGAAUAUUUCGACCAAAAGCGUGGUACACACACACUAGACGCGCAAUUUUCGAUUUCUAUCGGAAUUAUAUGAAAACAUUACAAUUGAUAAGAAUGCCUGCCCAUAUGCCGCGUUUUAUGACAAGACAGUCCCGCAGUAAUAUUGCCGAGAUCGAAACGUUCCGCGUUUAUUAUUAUUGCGGUGUUCGAGUAUUAUCGAAGACUCGGACUCGGCCGGGUCGCGUUUUAUUUACUCGGCAGUUUUGUUUCUAUCGCGGGUUCGGUCUCCGAACGAUCGCCGAUUACGUCCGACGGUGAUUACGUACGCGCCGGAGAACUAUCGGAGGUAACUGGGCGGGUCGUUGGUGGGUAAUUUUAGGAAACACGGCGACCGGUGAUAAUAAUUUCGCCGUGUACUAAUAUUGUAUCGUUCCGGUUACCGUAUUAUUAUUACAUAGUGUUGUUAAUGUUUCCGUCGACGGCUGUAAUUCACGUGUGUUCGCGUCUGCUUUUAGCCAGACGGACGACGCGAAUCGGUCGGAAUGCCAUUUGUCCGAAGCGUCGGGCGUUCCGGACGACUUUUCGCGAUGUAAACAAAAAUAAUUAACCGGUUCUAAACUCCCCCGUCAAUUCGUUUCUACUGCGGAAUCGCAGUCGUUGCAAUCCCGCGGAUUUUUGUGACUCACCCGAUACGCGUGCCGUCGCCGCACGGGUCCGUUGGGAAUACGCCAAAACGCGUUAAUAUUUCCUCGGCACGUUCGCGGUCGCUUCCUUCCGCUUUGACGAUCGUGUCUCCUCUGCCGUUUUAACCGUUAAGUCACGAGGCUUCCCGAAAAGACUGUUAAUUUCCUCGUCCGGUGUAUACGGCGAUAGUGUAACGGCGUAACGGCCUCAUAUUUCACGAUUUAUUAUCGGAUUAUUAUCCGAGCCCGGAUUAAGCGCAGAUCCCCGGGGGCCACAGUUUUUGUUGAAGGAACCCGUCAUUGUCAAUGCAUCGUGUUCAAUCUUAAAUUUUGAAUUUGGUAUUUUAUUUUUAUUUUUUUCGUAUAUAUUUUAUUGCGUUUAGUAACUUUUCGGUUACCUUUAGCGGAAACUGCUAGAUCUCCAUUGUAAUAUUAUGCGUUGUUUUUAUUUUGUUCAAACGGUAACGAGUGAACAUUUUUAACGAUUUUUAUUAUUAUUCUUUUUGGGGGCCUCUAAAAUACGUUAUUUAGGGCUUACAUUUAUUCGCGCAGAUUAAUAAUUGCGUUGUAAUCGAUAUUCGUAAUUUACGAAUCGUAGUAAACGUCCGAUAUAUUAUAUUGUUUCGAACGAGCUUGUUUUUUUUUUAUUUUUAGACAAACCACGUUCAUCACGCGGAUACGCGUGCGAGUCGAAUUUUAAUUUUUUUUUCUCUCAACCUUGGUACCUACUAGGAAAAAAAAAAAAAAAUGAUUGAAUACCCGUUUUCUGGAUAUAGGUACAAUAGGUGCUCUCGAAUAAUUCGUAUCGUUUUGUUAACGCCGAAUGGCAGGCAACAGUAAUAAUAAUCGAUAAACGUCGGUCGCAAGCGGCGUGUAUAAUAUUAUAAUAAUAACAAUAACAAUAAUGGUAUCAACUUCUACGCGACGACGAAGAAUGCGCAAUGGCCGCAAGAGAACUUACCAAGUUUACAAGUGCGAAAACUGCUGUUGUGUGGUUACGAGAAUACCAUACACGGCGUGUGUGCGCGGCUGUGUGAAAGAGUUCAAAUAAUUAUUCGUGUAGACUUUUAUAUAACACCAAGGUGUAAUACGCCCUAUAAUAAUAAUAUUGUUAUUGUUGCGUAUUCGCGCGCGUGCCAUUUCAGAACUGCAGUGUUUUUCUCCCGGGAAAACGUCCAUAAAUAUGUCAUUGUAUAUUUUUUUCGGAGACUGAGCGAAUGCAGUCGAUCACAAUCGCGGGUUUUUGCGAACUGUUUUUUUUUUUUUUUUUUUUUUUUUUUUUUUAAUAGAUUUUCACCGAAACGUCAGGAACGUACCGGUUUUCGUACUGUAGUGCGGUGAAUUUUAUUUGUUUCGUAUACUCGCGGACGGCCGUAUUCCCGUGUACAUGAAACUUCGGAUCCGGAUAAGAUAAUUCGCGGAAAAACAGUGUCGAGCACAUGAGUCGCAAUACUUUCCGAGAGGGUGUUUCGUCCUGUUGUCGGGAAAUCGGGUUUCCCUCCUACCCACACGUAUUGUUCGGUUUCGCGACGGUGGUUGUUAGCCGGCACGUGCGUAAUAUUCUCGAUGAAUCCCCCUCCCGUUCUCCGGUUUCCCGCAUAUUAAUUGUUAAGUUUCCUACCGGCCGCAAUUGCGUAUGAAAAAUUAAAAUAAAAUACCUACGCGUUCGGAAGUAUUUAUAUAUAUCAACCCCCCCCGUAGUACUGUUACGGAAGAUUCUCACUACUGCACAGCAGCAACAACAAUACAAUAAAAUAAUGCUGCUGCUGCUACUCGCGACGACGACGACGACGAUGACGUUCACGUUCACUUGACCGUGACAGUUGGAAUGAACCUUAGUCGUCGUUCUGUUCUGCCCAGUGCACGUGCCUACGUAUAUACAGUGUGCACCAUAUUAUUAUUAUUAUUAUAAAACGGACAUUAUUGCUACCGUCGUCGUAACAGUCAUUAUCACCGUCCGACGACAGUAUCACGCCUUUAAUUUUGUAUUUUAGUUUAUAUCGUUAUUAUAACAGACGUCAUCGCGCCUUUGCGCGCGGUCAACAGUACGCUACACUUUACGUAACAAAAUAUAACAUUAUGGAGAGCGGCGCACUUCACAAGUGCUAAAACGUCUACGACCAGUAUUGCGUUAUCAUUAUAAUUAUUGAUGAUAAUCGUAGUAUUCGUGCGGUGCACCUAGGACCGCGAGUCCGGUAUGACGAAUAAAUACAACGCGUUUUGUCGUCGCCCUUUCAACUCCGCCGUGUGGACCCGUUGCCCUUUAAACGCGCGUAGUCCGUAAAAAAAUAAAAAACAAUUAUUCCGGAGACCGUCGAAAACGUGUGAAUCCCCGACGUGGUCGAUUUUUCGUCACGAACGCGCGUUUCGGCGGCGGCUGCGUCGUGAUCCGUGCACAUUGCAUCGACGUUACAGCAACAACAAUAGUAAUAGGUGGUAACGUCGACGAGAAAAAUAUAAGGUAUUACGAUGGAAAAAAAUAAAAAACGAGCAACAACAACGUAAUAACGAUAAAAAAAAAAAAAAAAAGUAAUAAUAAUAAUAAUAACAGGAAAAAAAAAGAACACAAUUUUGUUUUCCAUUUUCAUCGCCGGUUCGUUCCGGUUAUUAUCCGGACCGCAGAUCUUCGCGGUUUUCCGAUUCUUUUGGCCUUCACGGGCCCGCGAGUAAUUUUUUUCCUCUCGCCGCCGCCAUCAUCUGCUGCUGCCGCCGCAGCACGGCAGUUGUUCCGCUCGCCGACCGCGUAGAUUACCCGGGGCCAUGGGGCGGCGCGCACAAAAUUGCUCUUGACGUCGUCGUCGUCGUCCGCAAAAAAGCUUUUGGUUUUCCCGGGGACGCGAUAAACAGACAGAAAAAAAAAACGUCGCGUUUUCUUCCCCUUUCGAACAUUCCGUCGCGAAAUACCAUUGCCCGUCGUUCGACGGCGGAAAAUUUCGCCGCCGGACUCGAAAACGUUAUCGAAACACGAUAUUAUACACAAUGUAAUACUCGCGCGCGUAUUACUCGAAAAAAAAAAUAAAAUAAAAAAGCUUUUUCUCAUUCUCCACGGACGCGGCGGCGGCGGUUACACAAUACACAAUCGUCGUCGUCGUCGUUAACCGGUUUCGAUUCCUAGAAAUUCUUCUCGGUCUCCGCACGCCAUCGCCGCGGCACCAGCAGCAACAGCAUCUCCAAACAACGCACAUAAUAUUAUUAUUACUUCCACCGGCGUGUGUGUACCGCCGCCGCCGCCGCCGAGGCCUCUCGUACGCACGAGAAUAAUAAUACGUAAUGAUAAUAAUAAUAAUAAUGAUAAUGGCGCUGCGUUAUUAUUAUCGUUCCCGUGGCGUUCGGAGAUCGAUUCCCCGGCACACCACCGCACGCAACAAUGGCUGGUACAGGCGACGGGACCGAGACGAUAAUAUUGUUAUUACACGCGUAUUGGGUAUUGGAUAUUAUGUACGAAGACGGACAAAAUAAAAUGUACACGAUAUUAUUUUAUUAUCACGGUAUAAUGUAUUGUACCCGGUCGUCCGUAGAAUAAAAAAAAAAAAAAAUAUUAAAAAAAAAAAGCAUCGCGACGUAGGUAUACAAAACCGAGUCAUUUCUCUCCCGGAGAUGGGCGAACGUCGCCUUAUAAUAACGAUAUUAUCGUAGUUUUUUUUUUUUUUAAUGGUAUCUUUUAUUUUAUAUAUAUAUAUAAAUACCUAUACGCCGUAUUAUUUUAAUAUAUUACGGUCUCGGGGGUGGGGGGGGGGUUUCCCCCGAAUCCGUCCCGCAGGCGAGAGCGAUUAUACCGCGGAGGGAUACAAACCCAACCCCUCUCAUCUUUCGACCACGGCGGCGUGCGUUCCUCGCCCCCCGAAUAACCGAACCUGCCUUUUUUCCCCGUCUUUCUCCCGUCCGAUAAUGAUAAUAAAAUAAUAUCGUACGCCUUUUCGGGUUGGGGUGUGGGUUACGGAUAGGUACGCGAUACGUAUUGCGUGUGGGGGCCCCGGGAAAUUCGGUACCGCGCAUAUGCGUUUACAGUGAUCAUAAUGUAGUGUGGCACGGUCAACGGUGUGCCGGCGAAUACAUUCACGGGUUACGCGCACCCGCAAGGGGUUGAAUAAACGCCGAAAAAACGUUUCUCGACACGCUCGAAACGGCACUUAUUAUUCUACACCGCGUUACACACGUGGAACCGGGCGUUUUGGCGCACUCAAGUCUUACGAUAAAACGGCGCAAACGCCAUUAAACUUGGUUCCGAAAGUGGAUCGUAACCCGACAGUAUUGGGAUUCAGCGGGACGUCCGCCGCGAUGAUCUUUUCGUAGACAUUUCGAGUGCUUGACCACCGGUGUUAUUCCCUUCCGGGACCUACUAUAAAUGUACUGGGGCACAGAUCGUUUUUUGACUUUCCAAGCGGUUUCAUAAUAAUCGGGAAGAUACGCAGGAGAAACGGGGAAAUGUACGAGAAUAAAACGCUUUUAUUACGUUCAAUUCAUUUUAUUUCUUUGCGGUUUAAUGUUCACGGUAAAUUAAAAGCUCGCGCGCAUACCUUCAAUGCACACACGUUUUUAGUUGGCGUACCACAACGCCCGUAAUCAACGAACUCGCCCAUAGGUACCAGCCCCGAAAACCCGCCGUUGCCGUGCGGGUCCGCUGGUCACCGGAGCCGGCGGUUCCGGUAAUUACCGCGAAAUAUAUUCCGAUACCGUGUAGGUGAUGUAAUAAUAUUCGCCGGCUCGCGCGUCCGAUGAAUAUUCAUUUAUGUUCGCGAUGCCCGAGAAAUAAAACAUCUGUCUGUUAUUUUUUGUUUUUUUCCAGUAUUAUUAUUAUUAAUUAUUACGCGCGCGUGUGUGUGUGUGCGUGUCCGGUGUACGCGAAACGCGUAAAAUUAAAUCUACGCGAAAUUCGCAUUGUUUUUUUUUUUUUCUCUCUAUCGUAAUUAUUGUUUCCCCCGGGUCAUUGUUCCGCGCCGUUGUAUUUACGAGUAUAACAAUAAUGAUAUUAUUACGGGUGUACUCGGCGGCACCAUAACGAAUUUAUCUAAUAAACUGUGGACGUUCGAUAACGAUAUAAUAUAAUAUCGCGCGCGCGCGUGUGUGUCCGACGACUGCGUUGUGUUAUAUCGACGGACGAGAUUUAUUACCGGGAUUUAUUAUUUCGCGUUUAUUGUCGUCGUGAUUAUCAUCGCGUAUUGAUACGCGACGGUCGUGCGCGUGUGCGUGCGGCGGCGAACGUGUCUCGGCAAUAUCCGUUGGGCUAGGUCGCGGGGGCAAAAUACGCUUGUGUCGCGUUUCCGUUCGCGAACAAGAAUGAUAAAAAACAACAAAAAAAAAAAACAAACCACCCAACGAACAGCGCUAAUUUUUUUUUAUUAUUGUCAGAUCUCUCGUGCGGGUUUCGCAUCGCCCGGGCGACGUUAUUCUUUUCGGACCGUCGCGGUGAUAAAAUCCUGCGGGAAAACAAUACGAGAAGAAGAUAAAGAAAAAAAAACCACCGUCGGCUCCGGGCGAUAAUUACGCGCGGGCGGGGGCGGCCGAUAAAUCUGUUUUUAUUGUUAUUGUGGUUUUUUUUUCUUCACGAGCGCGCGCGUUACCCGAGCGGGGCGCGCUGCGCAAGAACGCGCGUCGUCGUCGUCGUCGUCGCGGUCGGCAACUGUUGCGAAACGCCGGACGGCCUUGAACAGACGUCGUCAAACGUUUGUCUAGUGAUUUUUCUUUAGAAAUGAAGAAAAAAAAAACAAAAUAAAUAACUCGCUCGCACGCUAUAUAAAAUAUUAUUGUACGCGCGCAAACUCAUCCGGUUACUUUUUUUUUUUUCUUCUACUCUCUGUAAUGCCGUCUCCUUCUGCGCUGCGACGUAAAAUAUGUAUUCGGUAUUAUUACUGCGUAUCGCGCGUUGCCGCCGUCGAUCGACCGUGUCGCCGUGUAUCUGCUGUACGCGUACGGGCGGCGGCGAUCUCCAGCUCCGAGGGGGGGAAAAAAAAAAAAAACGUGGCCUCCCGCGCGCGCGAGGAGCGCCGGCCGUCGAUAAAUGCCCACUGCGGGCGAGCGAUCGUACUAUUAUUAUUAUUACGGAUACCUUAUAUCGUAUCUUGUACAUGGAAAAAAAAAAAAAACUGAUAUUAUAAAACGUCGCGCGUAUUAUUGUUACGGGUUUUUUUUUGUUUUUUUUUUUUUUUUAUGUAAUACGCGAGACUCGCGCUCGCGCCGCUCAAAUAAUAUUGGUCGACGACGUUCGUAAAUAAUAAUAAUAAUUAUAAUAUUAAUGAAUCCGCGAGGACAAUAACCUCGGCGGCCGCGGUGUGUGUGUGUACUAUUAUAUCUGGCGAAUUUCCGAGGGAAUAAUAGUGGUGUCGGGCGCGAGCGAUACACGUAUAUUAUACUCGUGUUAUUAUUAUUAUCAUUGUGUGUGUUGCCCGUUGUCGAUCAAGGUCACUGGGUUCGUCCACUAUUUCGUGUUAUGACGUGUACUACUACACUACACUACACUACACCGCGCUGCACUACACCCGCGCGAUAGCCCCCGAUGAUGAUAAUAAUAAUAAUAACGAUCGGGCCGCGGACAAUUCCCAAAACAGGUUUUCGGGUUCUGUUUACUUACAUCCUUUGCUUCCUCUCUCGCUCUUUCUCUCUCACUCACUCUCUCUCCGGCCCGUCUCCUUUUUCUCGUUGCGACGAUGGUCGCCGCGCAUAUUGCUGCUGCAGCCGACGAGUGUAAAAUACAAUAACAACAAUAAUAACGUGUGUGUGUGUGAUGUUUUAUUUUUAUUUUCAUUUUUUUCUUUUUCUUGCCCCAUACGCAGUUAAAGAAGAAUGGUCGCCGCCAAACAGCCUGUCCGGCGCCAGCAGUCACUCGGACGGCAUCAAGAAGAAAAAAAUCACCCACACCCCCACGGCGACCGGCGGUGGCGUGAAUGCCGCGAGUCCGGCCGGCGGCGCUGCCGGGGCGACCGGCGGCGGUGGUGCCGUCGGGGCGACCGGCGGCGGUGGUGCUGCCGGGCCGACCGGCGGCGGCGGUACCGCCGGGGCGACCGUCGGCGGUGUCCUCCGGCCGCCCGAAGAGCUGUGCCUGGUGUGCGGCGACCGGUCGUCCGGUUACCAUUACAACGCGCUCACGUGCGAAGGGUGCAAGGGGUUCUUUCGGAGGAGCAUCACCAAAAACGCGGUGUACCAGUGCAAGUACGGCAACAACUGCGAGAUCGACAUGUACAUGAGACGCAAGUGCCAGGAAUGCCGGUUGAAAAAGUGUCUGACCGUCGGCAUGAGGCCCGAAUGUGAGUUUCGAUAUUAUCCGUACAUGCUAUUUAUUAUGCUCUCCCCCGGGGUAUUUAGAGGGGGGUGGGGGAAAUUAAUAUUAUUGUAUAUAGAUAUUUAUAAUAUAGAUCGCAAGCACACUUAUUUAACUUUAUCUUCCUCUCUAAUCUCAUCUCCGGCGAAACAAAUUCACCUUCUCCGUCAUCUCAAUUCGCUUCCGCUUCAUUCCAUACACUCUUCUCCGCCGUGUUUCUGAUUACUCUCAACUCUCCUCUUUCUCGCUUUAUGCGUGCUGCCAACUCGGACCCUUCAUAAAGGUUAACUAUAAAGAUUUACCUGGUUUCUUAAAUUGAUAUUAUCUUACGUGUUUUUUUGAUAAAUAAAUGAAUGAAUAAUUAUCUUCGAAAAUAUUAAAACCACCGUUGUGUUGUCUUAAUGCCAGGAAUAUUUAAUGCGAAUAAAGUAAAAAGCGAAAAAAUAGGUAAGUACCCACGCAUAAACGUAUACGGUAUAAUAUAAUAAUACAAUAUUUUAAAUAUAAUUAUGGUAAUGCGUACACAGAAUACAUAAUACAUUAUUGCGUGAUAUUAGGAAAUUCCGAAUUAGCACAACGAAAACGAUUGGUAUGUUAACUACACGAGUAAUAUCGUAAGCGCGAAACACCCGAUUAUUUUUUUUUUACGGCGGUAGGGGCCUUCCUCCUAACUAAUAGUUUUUUUAAACUAUUUUAAAAAUUAAUAAAAAUUAUUUUUUAAAUCCCUUUUUGGUUUUUAUAAUUUAUGCCAAAAAUCAAAUGUCUAAAGUCACAAAACCCAAAACUAAUCGGAGAUGUCUGGUUGUUGCAUUAAAAAUAUCAUCGUCAGUAAUAAUACAUUAUAAUAUUAUGUGUAUGGUUUUAAACAUUGAUAUUUCUAUACAAAUCAAUAACAAUACGAUAGAUAUUUUUUUGUUAAAAUAAAAUUGUUACCUUUAUUUUAUUAGCGUACAAAACAAAUUAUAAAAUCGUUCAUGAAAAAAAAAAAACAAUAAAAUAUAUGAAUAAGAGUUUACAUGUUUUUUUGUUAAAAUAAAAAAAUGUUACCUUCAUUUUUAUUAGUAUAUAUAUAUGAAACAAUAUUUAUAAUAUUAAUAUAAAGAACAAUUUUUUUGUUAUUAAAAUAUUUAACCAGGAAAACCAGCUAGAAACUAGGUAUCAAACUAGGAACAAGUAACUAUAACAAACAGCAACUAACUUUUAAGUUGAAAGUUAGUAAAACUAUUAAAACUACAUGACCACUAAAGUAAAAACAAUAUUUUGAAAUUAAAUGAUUGAAUGAAUUGAACGAAUUGAAUGAACCAGUGAUAUGCGCAGUCAAUACAGUAUGACCAACGUUCGGCGCAACAACAAGACAUCUCCGGAGAAGUGUUGUUGUUGCAACAAAAGGUAAAACAGACAUCUCCAUUUUGCAUAAAUCUCCGUAUGCAACAGUCGGAUUUGUCUGAUUGUUGCACUUAUCUAGGGGGAUGUUUUUUUCCGUAGGAAUGUACAAAAAACGUUAUUUUUGAAAAAAAGCUGAGAUGUCUGGUUGUUGCACCCACGUCUUUGUAUUUCCUUGACGAGUACUUGACGAAAACCUCGUGUUUCGUGCGUUCGCGAUGGGUAUCCAACACUCGUGUUAUCACCGUACGAUUCGGGCCCGCGAUAUAUACUGUCGUUAAAAUCCCCUGGGGGACCCCGUCGUACGUGCGGACGCUCCGCAAAUACCCCCGGCCGUUGGUUUGGGUGGGUAUUCGUCGUCCUCGCGGUUGACCGACCGGAACCCAUUAUUCAUGACCCGCACGCCGGAAUGCCGCGUUUCGAUAACGCGCAAAAGACGCAUUUUUCCAACGGAUUCGUCGGCGUGUAAAAAAAAAAAAACGGCGAGAGCGGGGUCCGAACAAUGUGAUGACGAUAAUAAUAAUGUCGAUUUCGACGGACCGGCUUUCGUUGAAUUCUCGGGCCAGCGGCGCGGACGGGCGGAGUUGUAGGAGAAGGAGGUUUUCACGUUUUCCCCGCGGUUUAUCCGUAACCCGUGCACACGAGUCGCGUAUUGUAAUAAUUGAUAAUGACAACGCGCGUCGAGACCCGUCGUAAUGCCGUGGGUACACCCGUCUUAUCAAUUUGUUUGUCGUGCGCUGCCGUUGUUCAUCGGACGCGCGCGUUCGGGUCGGUCCGAGUCGCAUGUACGCGAGAGCUGCGCGGUAACGACCCGGCCGGAGUGUAUUAUUAUUAUUAUUAUCAUCAUCAUCACCAUGGUCGUCGGAGUAGGAGUCUCCGCGGCCGCAAUAAUAUCGUUAGAAAGGUGGUACCGUGUCGGUAAUCGCGGUAUACAAUGAUAUAAUAAUAUUAUACCGCGGUCGUAAUUUACCGUCGUCGGCCGCAUAAUAAUAAUAAUAAUAAUAAUAUACGUACGGCGACGACGACGAUUUUAAAUUCCCGGCGUAGCCCCGGGGCGCGGAUCGGGUUGGGUUAUAAUUGACCCCCCCCCACCCUCCGAGACGACUUUGAAAAAUGUUCGUAGUGGGUUACACGGGUAUCGGUUUUUUUUUUUUUUUUUGAAAUUUGUCUUACGUAAAUUACAGUACUGAUUAUAAAUUCGAUUAACGGAAAGUCCGGCCGACCGUUGGAAUGAUAUUAAAUUAUUACGCGAUCCCCCCCCCCGCGCCCCCUUGUAAUUCGAUCGUGAAAACUUUUACUCCUUAAAUACGGAUGGAUGCGCAUGCGUCGCCGAAACGUAUACGAGAAAUACCUACACACUGGUCGGCGACCAGUAGGUUUGGCAUUGUUGUUGUGUUCACAGCAUACUUGGAGACGUUUCCGUCGAAGCUGCGACGACGUCGUUUCAAUGAGACUUUCGGGAGGGGGAGGGUGUAUCUUCGAGAAGUUGAAAAACCGUUAGUUUCUUAAAUAUUUACGCACGCUGGCGCCUGUGCGUAAAAAUUCUCCGGUAAAGAGCGAAAUUUUCAAAUUUAACUCCGCCGCCCCGUUCCAGGGUUUGCCGCCGGUACCCCACCCCCCAUCCCCGUAUUGAAUUCGAAUGGUGCCCCGCGGCAAAAGUCGCGUCCGCGCGCGCCGUUCCGACGGGCGAUUACGACGAAUUCGAAUGACGCGCGGUGCGAGAACGACGACAGUAAAUCGAACUUGACCAUAUCCCCGGCACAUAUUAUUAUUGUUGGAUAUUAUACGUAUUAAUAAUUUAAUAGCCCCGCAGUAAACAACCUUGACCGGGCCGGCGUCGUCGUCGGCGGUGCUAGGAAACUACCCACCCCACCCGCAUACCACGCGGCGGGUCCGUUGACCUUUUCGCGCCAUUAUGUGUUACACUAUGCAAUACACUACUACUACUAUUAUUAUUGUUGUUAUAUUUUUAUUAUCGUUACUGUAUUUUUAUUAUCGCGAUCGAUGCCGGUGGUGCCGGUGGGGAAAAGAGAAGCGCGGAUUUUUUUUUUUUUCUCUUCACUCGGUUUCGCAACGCGCACGAAAUUACCGCGGGUCUUGGAUUUGUUGAAUAAUUAAUGGACGUGUCGGCCGCGAAGGAGAGGAAACGAUACAAUAUUAGUGAAAAAAAAAAAAUUCGGUUCGCGACGGCCCUAAUUCUUCAACCCCUCCGUCCACGUGUUUUUCCCUUUCUUUUUCCACGCCGUCCGCGUGAGACGACACGCACCUUACCCGUCACGAGCCCGUAGACGGGGAAGACACUCCGUUAUGGCGUGUACGGCACGUCACGUUUAAAUAUUUAAAUCGCGCCGUGUGGGUAUUCGCGUUUCGAUGUUCACCGUGCGCCUCCGCCCCGCGUGCAAACGCAGUAUGCGUAUACACGUCCCGCGCCGCAAUUCUCGGGGCAUCGUGGCAGUGGCGUAACUAGAACUCCCGAUGCCCGUGGCAAAAUAUUGUAUAAAGGCCCCGAAGACUGAACCGAUAAGCAGACUUAUCGGUUGUAGGCCCGUGGCGUUUGCCCGCCUCGCCCGCCCGGUAUUUACGCCACUGCGUCGUGGAUUUAAGGCGAUUCUCGGCGGACACUCGAAACUUAAACGGGUUAACGGCACGAUAAUAACGCGGGUCUUUCUAAACAGUCGUGUCGUCGGACGCAAACUACCGCAGGUCUUACCGAUCUUACCUCGGCUCGUCGUCUAGGGAAAGUGUCAACACUUUUCGGGAAUCCGGUGUUUUUGAAUUUUGAAUUUCCGUCGAACCGUUAAGAUAUUACACUUUUAAGUUUGAAUAUCGGGGUAGAGAAGUGAAGCGUGUGGCGACGGCGGCGUAGCUCUCUCCUUAUCCGAAUUUAAUCAUCCCCGUUAAAAUCAGUUAACACCUAAUAAAACAGUGUGUAUGAAUGUUCUGACGUCUUCAGUUUUUAAUGUUUUUAAAAUCAAUUUUUCUUUCAUUGCACUUAUGAAAAAUGUCCGUAUAAUUUCCACCUAUAAAUUGUUAUGAAAUACUAUUGAAACUAUCAAUUUUAAAACGCAUAUUUUUAUGGCCAUUUUACAGUAAGAACCGGUAGACGAAUUCAAGUUUGAGUGUAGUAACGGCUUAUAUAACAAUUUUAGUUGCGCAUCCAGGUUUUCUGUUUUUAAAAAUACUGUUAGGGUCUCAGAACCUAACCCAUUUUUAUUUAAAAUAGCCAUUGACCCCCUUCGAUACUUCAUAAAUACGCUCCUAAUCAAUUUUUACAUAACAAAUUUACCUGGGGGUUGUUUUUCUUGCAAAGCGCUUAAAAGUAACGAAAUAAGUACAUUUUAAAUAAUACGGUAUACUUUCCAAAGUACUCCUUAAAAAAAAACUCUUUAUUUUUUUUAUUUUUUCCCCACAAGUACACAGAGGGUUCAACAUUUUUUUAAAUAAUAUGUAUAAUAAAGGUUUCUAGAAAUCUUUAAAAUUUUGCUUCAUACACAACUAUACCAAGUACAUCAUAUAUCAUUUUGGAUUUUAUUCUGUAUAAUUAUUUUUUUACGUUAUUAAAAUGUUUGCGUUAUAGAAAUUGUGUUCGAGUAAAGUGCAUAAUUCCUUAUUUGUGUAAAUAUUUAUCUUAACAAUAAUGAUUCACCAUUCGUUUAGAUUCAAUAUGAGUAAAAAGUGUAUUAGAUAUAAAUAUUAAAGCCGGUGUAGGUCAUUAAUAUUAUAUUAAAUAUUAUUAGGUACUGUUUAUUAUUGGUUCUUACCAUUUUGCCAUAACAUGGUAUUAUUAUUUCUGUAUAUAUUUACUCCUGAAAUAUCAUUACAAUGACGUUUUAGAUUAUGCCAUGUAUUAAAAAAUUGUUAUUGUUUUUGGUUAUUUUAGGUGUUGUACCGGAAGUCCAGUGCGCCGUCAAGAGAAGGGAGAAAAAAGCUCAACGGGAAAAAGACAAACCGAAUUCCACUACAGAUGUUUCUCCCGAAAUCAUCAAAAUAGAACCACCGGAGUUGAAGGUAUUUGAAAAAUCAGACUGAUAAAUAUUUCUCUCAAACGGUCAUGUAAACCUUUAUUUGUCUAUUUUGUUAGGUUGAAUGUGCUGAACCAAUGGUAAUGGGCACACCAAUGACACCUGUUCCAUAUCAUCACCAAGUGAAACCGCUGAGCGGUGAGCAGAGAGAAUUGAUCAGCCGACUUGUCUAUUUUCAGGAUCAGUAUGAAGCACCCAGUGAAAAGGACAUGAAGCGUUUAACUAUAAACAAUGUACUUAAUUAUAUAAAACUUAUUUGUAAAUUUGCACAAUUUACUUAAUUUUGUUUUAUUAUUACAGCAAAAUACAAACGAAUAUGACGAUGAAAAACAGAGCGACACUACGUAUCGAAUCAUCACUGAAAUGACAAUACUUACAGUCCAAUUGAUUGUUGAGUUUGCCAAACGGUUACCAGGAUUUGAUAAGCUUGUAAGAGAAGAUCAAAUCACUUUACUCAAGGUAAUGAUAAUUUAUAAUUUAUUAACCUAACCUAAUCUUAUAUGUACAUAUAUAUAAAUUACAUUUUUGUGUUUUUGUAAUUUACCUAGGCUUGUUCGAGUGAAGCUAUGAUGUUUCGGGUAGCUAGGAAAUAUGAUAUCACCACUGACUCGAUAGUAUUUGCCAACAAUCAGCCAUUUUCAGCAGAUUCUUAUAAUAAAGCUGGAUUGGGAGAUGCCAUAGAAAAUCAGUUGGCGUUCAGUCGAUUUAUGUACAAGAUGAAGGUGGAUAAUGCAGAAUAUGCCUUAUUGACCGCUAUAGUCAUAUUUUCAAGUAAAUAUAUACCUACUUGAAUUUUAUUUUUGUUAUCAAAAUGCAUUCCCAAAAAUUUAAUUAAAAAUUUAAUUUGUAGGUAGGCCAAACCUUUUGGAUGGUUGGAAAGUGGAAAAAAUUCAAGAGAUUUAUUUAGAAUCCUUAAAAGCUUAUGUUGAUAAUAGAGAUCACGACACCGCGACCAUCAGAUAUGCACGACUUCUCUCAGUACUCACAGAAUUGCGCACAUUGGGCAAUGAAAACUCAGAGCUAUGUAUGACACUGAAACUAAAAAAUAGAAUAGUUCCACCAUUCUUAGCAGAAAUAUGGGACGUCAUGCCAUAGUAAAUUGCUUCAGCUAGUUACCUUGUACCCAGUCACACCAUUAGUGUCACUUGGUAUUAUUUUGAAGACUGUCAAUAUUUUUUCGGACCCCUCACAACCUUGGACAGACAUAGGCGGAUAUGUGUAGUUCAGAACAUAAAUUCGACUAUAUGUUCUACUUCUUGGAUGACUAUUUGAAUAAGGUUUCACUUAAUCUAAAUAAAACGGACAUAUUGAAAAUAAACUAUUUAGCAUGUCAGGUAAAAUAUUAAUUUUAACACGUUUAAGUAUAGUUACAUAUUUAAAGUUUGAAACUGUAGGUAAAUUAGGAGUUGUUGUUAAACACAAGGAAUUUAGAAAAUGUUUAGCACUCUUCGUUUUUGUAUAAGUAUGUUGAAAUUCUCUCUAAAAUUAGGUAUUGUUGAACUAAACAUUUUUUAACUGAAGACAUAACAUAUUAUAAUUAUUUAUGAGGGUGCUAUAUUAUUUCUCUGUUAUCCUCGUGUGGUUUUUGAGACUGUACUGUUUUGUACCUGCGUGUUGGAUGUUUUUUUUUAUAUAUAUAUUUUAAAUGUUUUAUCUAUAAGCCAAUUCAUUUUAUUAUUAACAAAUUUAUAUAUUUUUUUUUUCUAAGAAAUGUAAGAAACAUCAUUUCUAUAUGCGAAAACUGUGAUAUUAGGUUAAAUAUUAUAUAAUAUGAUAAAUAAAAUAUUGUGUAUACUAACAUCUUUUAGUUUUUAAACAUAGAGCGUUUGUUAUACAUGUACAAACAUAGGUUCAGGGGGCUUAAGGUAAAAGUGACACUCUUUUAUGUACAUAAGUAUAAUAUUAUUUUUUUAUUACUUAUUAUUGUUAUGCUUUCAAAACCUAAAUAAGCAAUUAUAUUAAUAGAAAGUAUUUUAUUGCAAUUUUAUUCAUAAAAAAAAAAAAAAAAACAGAUUUUCUUUUAGACAAAAUUAUUAAUAUUUGUAAGUACAAAACAAAAAUACAAGUAGGAAAAUAAAAUAGCUCUAAUUAAUGUGUGUUUGUGUUGUGUGUAUUGAGAUGAAGACUGUAAACAUCAACGUUAAGAUAUUUAUAUUAUUUUAUUAUUAUUAAUAUUUUAGACCAAUUGUCUUCUAAUUGCUUUAUUUACUGAUUUGUUUUUCUUAUUGAUCAAUAACUAAUAAAACAGUUAUCAUUUUCCUUUAUUUUCUUCUUUGAAUUAUUAGUCAAUUUAACACUUAACAAAAUACAUUCUUGGUUUAGUUAAUACAUUUAAAGCUAAUUUUGCAUUAAAUGUUAGUCAAAUGUAUGAUUAUAAAAAUCCUUUACUCUGCUAACCAUAUAUUAUUAUACCUAUUCUUUUUUACGUUGUUCUUUUUUUUUUUUUGUUAUUGUCAGUAUAAAACCAAAACAAUGUAUCCUACAAGUGCAAUAGAUAUCAAGUUUAAAAAAUAUUAUUUAUAUUUAUUUUGUCAUGGAAAAGGAAAAAAAACUGUUAUAUAAAUGAAAUACCAAUUUUAUUGGGGUCAUAAGUGUAAUUGUUUGUUUUUAGGUUGAUGGAAUAAUUAUAUUUGUAAGUUAGGGUGUACUUGGUGUUGUUUUUUUUAUUAUUAUUAUUAUUAUUAUUAUUACUAGAUAACUGUCAUUAUCCUGAAAAACACAGGUAGUAAAUUUAAGAUUAGACAAUUUUUGUUUUAAAUCAUUUUAUAGUUUUACACUUACGUGGAAUAUUAAUUCUAAAUAACCAUAAAUAUUUGUAUUUUGAUUAUUAUCUUUUUUUUUUUUUUGUAUCCCUACUGGUUUAUCUACAUUAUAUUUUUUGUUAUUAUGAUUUUUUUUUAUUUACCUAUUUUUAACGACAUUGAGUGCACCCUUGUAACAAUUUUUAUUUGUUGAAGGUGUACCUUGUUAUAUUUCCUUAUUUGUAAUUUAUUUUUCAUUAUAUUAAUCUUAAUCAAUAUAAAAAAGACUAGAGAAUAUUGAGGGAAAAAAAUUGUAAUGCAUAAUAAAGCUCUUUACCAAGUUAAUUAAUUUGGAUAUUCCUACCUGAUAUAAUAUUUUUAAGGGAUAAUUUUAAUCGUUUAUAUAAUUUAUAGAUGAAAUGAUGUUUUUUACAUUCUACUUAUUUGAGUUGAUGUCUUUAGUAAAAACAAUUUCACUCAUAAACACAGAAAAAACCGCCCACUUGUCAGUUUUAAUACAAUUAUAUAUUUAUUAUGUUAUGUACAUUUUUUAUGAUUAUAUUCGUGCAAAUGUUAAUUCUUAGGAAAUUAAAUUGUAAUUUUAAUACAAUGUGUUUUUUUUUUUUGUAUAGAAAAUUUUUUAAAAUUACCAUUGAAAAAUGAUCUUGUUCUUUUUAUAGAUAUAAGAAAUAUGUAUUGUCGUGGAAAUAUUAUUUUGACGUUAGGAAAUAUAUAAGUAACCAAUAUUAACUAAGUGUUACAUACAACAACCAUACAUUUGUUUUCAAAUACCCAGUAUAACAUUUUUGGUGAAAUAAAAAUGUAUUUAAAUAUUGUUUUUCAUCAAAAUAUAUAUUCUAUAAGUAGUUUACAGAAAUUAAGAAAUAUUUUUGUAUAAUUUAAAUGAUCAACUACCACCAGCCCCCAUUGCGUGAUUAAUGUUAAUAACAAUUGUCAUUAGUGCAAAAUUUAAGUAUUAACGUUUAUAAAAUUUUAACUAAACAACUUUUUUUACAGAAAUGACUAUUAGUAUUAAUAAAAAUGGCUUUAAAUUUUAGGUUAUACAUGUUUGAAGUCAAACAUUUAAAUUAAAAUGUCAAGAUUACUAUGAUUUGUGUUUUGAAACUUAUUUUUUUAAGAAAACCAAUUUUGACGUUGUAUUCAUUGGAAACUAAGAUGAUUUUAUUAAAUUGAUGUGAAAAUAGUUAUAAAUACUUAAAACGAGUUUAUUGUAACUUAGACAUUUACACGCAUAGAAUUUUUAAAUUCACUGCCCUUCUAAACAAUUACGCCGUUUUUCAGCGCACUUGUGCAGUUAAAUAUUAAUUAUGACACUGCCAUUUUUUCUUUUGUACUUAAAAACAUUUAAAUUAUAAAUAAAUUCAAUGAUCAUUGUUUUUCUACAAAAUUUCAUAUUAUCUCAAAAUAAUAUGUUAAUACUCAAUUAUUUAUUGUAUGCAGAGGCGCUAAACUGGGCUUUUUAAAUAGUAAAUGUUAUAACACUGUUUUAACUGGAGUAUUAUAAACUAAAGGUAUAUGUAAUAGUUCAAUUUUAUUGGACAUAAACACAAUAUUAAAAAUGAUGAUUAACUUAUUACAAAUAGGAAAAGAAAUAUCUAAUUUCGACUACUUUCUAAAUAUUAUAUUGUUUAGCGCCACUGAUUUUGUGUAUUCCCAAGUAGUUCUUUUAAAACUAUUUUUGAAAAUUAAAUGAAAUAAUUAUUGUUCCACAGAUCAAAAAUGAUGUAAAUUAUAAUUUUUUUCUACUUUUGGUUUUAUAUAUAUUUUAUAUGUGUAUAUAUAAAAUAAGUACACUAAGUGUCUAGUAUGCUUUUUUUAAACGUUUUGAUAAUUAUAACAUUUCAGUAACAGUGUUAAAAAAUAAUUUGUACUUUUUUAAGUCUAAUAUCAUUGUUAUUGUACAUUACUUUUGUGCAAGGCAUUGUGUGUAGGUCGUUAAAAAAAAAAAAAUAGAUACUUAUUAUGAGAAUAUUUUAUGUGCUAGAUACAGCAACCGGUGAUAAUAAACACAAUUUUUAGUGUUUAUAUUUAUAUUAUUAUAGUUGCACACAAAUACGGACAAAUUGUUUUUGUUUUAUUUUUUUUUUUUUACAAUUGGGUGCGCACUUAACUCCGUUGAGACUGAUGCAUAGAACAGCCGAUUUAGUAAAUUAUUGUGUUAUAUGCCAGUUGAUAAUUUUUUUAUGGCAGCGGUGAGAAUAAACUAUUCAUAAUUCAUUUUUUAUUACAAGAAAAACUGUAUAUUAUUUAUUUUUAUUUUCCCUCUGUUAACAUUGUUGUUAUGUUAGACAAAAAUUACAAUAUUGUUUUAUUAUUAUUAUUAUUAUUUUUUUUUUUUUUUUUUUUUUUUUUUUUUUUUUUUUUUUUUGGGCUCUUGUAGCCAUGACGGGAAAAUUUGUUUUUAUAUAAAGGAAAAACUUAUUUGUGUGUAUGUAAUAAAAAAUAAAAUUGUAUACUUAUAUAAUAUGAUAUAUUGUGCGAUGAAAACUAAAUUAACACUAUAUUAGUGCAAGAGUUGUUAAAAUAUAUAUAUAUAUGGAUAUAAAAUGAACCUUGAUACAUUUUGUAAAAAAAAAAUUAAGAUAAUACAAUUUUUAAAAAAAAUAAACUACUAUAAUAUUAUUUUAAUGUUUUUUUUUUUUUUGUUUAACACUGUCACUGAUUAUUAUUUUGUGAAACUCAGUGGCCAUAUUAAGAAUUU